CUCGAGGAAGGAGGGUUGACAAGAGCUCAGCGUGCGCACUGACUGUCCUCGGAACAACGAGGAGAGGCUGACUGCUUGCUGGUCGUUAUGGAUUUAAGUUCCCUGUAAACCUUCUCAGCAGGUUGGACAGGACAUCCUUAGGCUUUUUAUUUCAUCCAUUGCAGGUAAAAUGUUGCUGAUACAUCUCUGUAUCAUAUUUUUCUGUUGGUAUGUCUAUGUGGGGAUGUUGAAACAAUGACUAGGCUAGCCUAAGUCAUUGUCACAGCAAACUAUUAUUUUUUUGUGUUUAAAUGCAUAUUUCCAAAUGAUACAUGCCAACUCAAUUUCUGACGCAGGACAAUAACACCAUUUAAUCUGCAUGCUAAUAACGAUGUAAUAAACAUACAACCAUAUGUGUAUCUAUUUUUCGAUUGUUUUGUUAAUUAAUACAAUGUUUUAACUAUGAUUGUGAUAUAAAAUGCUGUGAAUUUAUUAUUUACUUUGGUCUCUUGCAUCUUUAACUUGAACUGUAAAGAGAGCUGGUUUACCUGCAGCGCUUUGCACGGUCGGACUCGGCAAGAUGAAAGUGAAUUCAAGCAGAGAGCAGGAGAUAAUCGUUAUAUGUUUGAGUCUGAGCAAGCGUUAAAAAAGUUUUGUUGGACAGACACAGACAUGAAACUAGGCUUCAGUAUGUAUCCGUACAAAAUGUGAGUAUAUGACAUACAAACAUUAGGGAAUCCCAUUGACAGUUUAAAAUAAGGAGCUACAAAGGACUGACACAGAGCUAAUUGUUUCGGGCUAAAGCAAUGCCUGAUAGGCAGGGCGACCAAAACAUCCACAUUUACCUUUCCUAUUGUCUGGAUAUGAUUUAGUGACAGUCGAGCUCGAGGAGUGGAAGCCAAUUCCGAUUCUAUGGUGUCAGGUGUACAAAGUAAUCCAGAAGUAUGACGAACAUGUUGUGAGAGAGGAGGACUCCGUGUCGCAAAACCCUCACCUGUCUUUGUCAGUCAGGUCGGUGUGCACAGUGCAAGGCUGUCAGAAGGUUAUAUUGUCAAUGCUGCAUGCAUUGCGUGUUCAGUUAUUACACACUUUAAGACUUUUCUGUAAUUUCAACAGUAAAACACUGUAGAACGUACAGUAAAAUAACUUAUAGGUUUUAACAGAAUUAAUGCUGUAACUUGCAUUGCAUUAUGGGUAAAAUGCUGAAAAAUACUAUUAUUAACUGUAAUUGGUAGCCUCUUGUAAAAAUAACUUUAACAUACUGCAUUUCAGGGAUGGGCCCUCGGAUAAAUAUAAAAAAAAAACCUCAGUGGGGUCUCAACUUACUGUUGCAAGUUAGAAUAGUAGAAUACACAAGGUGCAAUUUCGAAACUUGGUUGUGGAUCAGCAGUCCUUCUUUUGUUUAGUCAGUCACUGAUAGUCAGUUAAUUAGCCCAGGUCAGCUAACAUUUUUUAGGUUGCUAAGUUAGUUUAGUGGCCAGCUAUCUAAACAUGUUAUCUUGGUCAAAUUAUUUUGUUAGUCAGUCUCACUCAGGCAUCAUAGUUAAACUGCAAACAUUUCUCUCCACCCUUUGGCAAAAUGUGUAGAAUUGCAUGAAAUUAACUCUAAAAUGUAAAAAAAAAAAAUGUAUCUCGACUGUCAAGAGUGGGGCCACAAUUUUGUUUUGCUAUCAAUGGGGGACAGGGGUGGGUAUCGAUGUGGAUAUGAGCAACUGCGGCCCCUCGUGAUAAAUUCAGAUUUUUGGUGGCCCCCAUCCGCAUCAAAGUUGCCCAUCCAUGUAUUGAUUUACAGUAAUAGCUUAUGUAUACAGUAGACUCAAAUGUUCAGUUUCAGGGGCCAACCUCAUGCUGUCGGGUGAGAUGCAUGAAGCUCAGACCAUUUUAGUAAAGAUCCUCUUGAAGCGGCAGUGAAGUGGAAUAAUAUUUUCAGCAGCUGCUGGGUACACUGUUAAAAGAUCUGGUUGUUUUUACGGUAUUAUACAAUAAAACUAAUAGGUGAUUUUAGGCGUAACUGGUAAAUGAUACCUUAAAUUCCAAUGAAACAUUGGUUUAACGGUAUACAUUUAUGUAAAGAACUACUGUAUUUCAAAUGGUACUGUAAUUCCACCCCACAGAAUACAGUAACCUACCGUGUUUUUGGAGUUCCAAAAACCUUUUGACCACUAGUGAGUGCAUGGUAUUGUUGUUUCUGGCUCAUUAGCAUAUUUUGAGGCGUGCCUUGUAAGAGGCUACAUUUGUUGCACCCGUGAGUGAGAACACUGAAGCAAUUGAACUGAUAUGUGGUAGUAGUGUCCCAACAACUAAAUAUGUAUAGGGGACAUAUUGAAGGGGCAGCAGGCCUCACACCUUUAAUAGUUGAGUAUUUGCCAUGUCCUUGGUCUGUUUUGCCCUGUAGUCACUGCAGGUUUGGAAGCCUUUGUUAAGGCCUCUAGAAGUGCAAGUGAUAUUAAAGACCAAAUAUUCAUAUACACUGAGUGUACAAAACAGUAGGAACAACUUCCUAAUAUUGAUUGCAAUUUGUCGAGGCAUGGACUCUACAAGGUGUCGAAAGCGUUCCACAGGGAUACUGGCCCAUGUUGACUCCAACGCUUCCCACAGCUGUGUCAAGUUGGCUAGAUGUCCUUUGGGUGGUGGACCAUUCUUGAUACACACAGGAAACUAUUGAGUGUGAAAAACCCAGCAGCGUUGCAAACCGCCUGGCAUCUACCACCAUACCCCGUUCAAAGACACUUAAAUAUUUUGUCUUGCCCAUUCACCCUCUGAAUGGCACACAUACACAAUCCAUGUCUCAAUUGUCUCAAGGUUUAAAAAUCCUUCUUUAACCUGUCUCCUCCCCUUCAUCUACACUGUUUAAAGUGGAUUUAACAAGUGACAUCAAUUAGGGAUCAGAGCUUGUUCUUAAUGUUUUGUACACUCAGUGUAUAUUUCAUAUGCUGUAAUAUGUAAACACAUUACCUGGUAGCCAACCUGCUUGCACCAAUUCCAUGCAAUUACAGUAAAAUACAGUAAAAUGCAAACCCCUAGAAUACAUUAUAUACAUAUGAAGUGGGUAAAACAGUAUGUAAACAUUAUUAAAGUGACCAGUGUUCAAUGACUAUGUACAGUGGGGAAAAAAAGUAUUUAGUCAGCCACCAAUUGUGCAAGUUCUCCCACUUAAAAAGAUGAGAGAGGCCUGUAAUUUUCAUCAUAGGUGCACUUCAACUAUGACAGACAACUAAUCCAGAAAAUCACAUUGUAGGAUUUUUAAUGAAUUUAUUUGCAAAUUAUGGUGGAAAAUAAGUAUUUGGUCACCUACAAACAAGCAAGAUUUCUGGCUCUCACAGACCUGUAACUUCUUCUUUAAGAGGCUCCUCUGCCCUCCACUCGUUACCUGUAUUAAUGGCACCUGUUUGAACUUGUUAUCAGUAUAAAAGACACCUGUCCACAACCUCAAACAGUCACACUCCAAACUCCACUAUGGCCAAGACCAAAGAGCUGUCAAAGGACACCAGAAACGAAAUUGUAGACCUGCACCAGGCUGGGAAGACUGAAUCUGCAAUAGGUAAGCAGCUUGGUUUGAAGAAAUCAACUGUGGGAGCAAUUAUUAGGAAAUGGAAGACAUUCAAGACCACUGAUAAUCUCCCUUGAUCUGGGGCUCCACACCAGAUCUCACCCCGUGGGGUCAAAAUGAUCACAAGAACGGUGAGCAAAAACCCCAGAACCACACGGGGGGACCUAGUGAAUGACCUGCAGAGAGCUGGGACCAAAGUAACAAAGCCUACCAUCAGUAACACACUACGCCGCCAGGGACUCAAAUCCUGCAGUGCCAGACGUGUCCCCCUGCUUAAGCCAGUACAUGUCCAGGCCCGUCUGAAGUUUGCUAGAGUGCAUUUGGAUGAUCCAGAAGAGGAUUGGGAGAAUGUCUGAGGCUGAGGUCCUUGAUGAUCUUCUUGGCCUUUCUGUGACACCGGGUGCUGUAGAUGUCCUGGAGGGCAGCCGGUGUGCCCCCGGUGAUGCGUUGGGCUGACCGCACCACCCUCUUGAGAGCCCAGCGGUUGCGGACGGUGCAGUUGCCGUACCAGGCAGUGAUACAGCCCGACAGGAUGCUCUCAAUCGUGCAUCUGUAGAAGUUCGUGAGGUUCUUAGGGGCCAAACGGAAUUUCCUCAGUCUCCUGAGGUUGAAGAAGCGCUGUUGCACCUUCUUCACCACACUCUUGCUCAGUGAAGCUUUUCAUCCUCUCCACUGCGGCCCCGUUGAUGUGGAUGGGGGCGUGCUCCUUCUGCUGUCUCCUGAAGUCCCUCUCCUCCUCCCUGUAGGCUGUCUCGUCAUUGUUGGUAAUCAGGCCUACCACUUUUGUGUCAUCUGCAAACUUGAUGAUUGAGUUGGAGACACGCGUGGCCACACAGUGAUGGGUCAACAGGCAGUACAGGAGGGGGCUGAGCACGCACCCUUGUGGAGUCCCCGUGUUGAGGAUCAGCGUAGCGGAGGUGUUGUUGCCUACCUUCACCACCUGGGGUCGGCCCUUCAAGAAGUCCAGGACCCAGUUGCACAGGGCGGGGUUAGGACCCAGGGCACUGAGCUUAGUGAUGAGCUUGGAGGGCACUAUGGUGUUGAAGGCUGAGCUGUAGUCGAUAAACAGCAUUCUUACAUAGGUAUUCCUCUUGUCAAGAUGGGAUAGGGCAGUGUGCAGUGCGAUGGCGAUUGCGUCAUCCAUGGAACUGUUGGGGCGGCAUGCAAAUUGUAUUGAGUCUAGGGUGAUAUCAUAUAAAUUGCUAAAUUUGUAACAUAUCACAUGAAAUGGAUGACAUAGUAAUCAAAAAACAGGGACCCGUUUUGGCUUGUGAGCACCAAUUUCAAAACUACUGGAUGAAAUGAUACAUAGGUUAGAGACUGCAUCUUUAACUCAAUAUCUGCUUUGGAAUUACUAUGUGUUUACACACAUCAAUGCAAUGUCAUUAGCUCAGGGUCUCUAGAAGGAUUCGUUGCUACACCACCCUUCCACUCCCUGCCUUGGGGACCGUCAUGUGGCAGAUGCUUUUUGGGAUGUGUGAUGAAAGACAGUGUCCUUGUAGUGUCAACACACUGUGGUCACUUUCACUUGCAAUGUUGUCCUAUGACCUAUGCAGUCCCAUUGAAUCAAUCAAUCAGUCAAUCAAAUUUAUAAACCCUUUUGGAAUCAGCAGUUGUCACAAAGUGCUUUUACAGUAACAUAGACCCCAACAAAUUUCUAGAAGGAAGACCUAGAGAGGAACCAGGCUCUCCUGGCUGUACCAGUUAGAGAUGAAGGGUAGGCUACACUGAGUAUGUUUACAUGCACAGGAAUAAUUUGAUAUUAAACUGAUUAUGUCAGUAGUCAGAUAAUGCAAUAGUCACGUAAACACCGUACUCUGCUUACCUUAAUCGAUGUAAGGUCAAAAUCGAAGUAAGCAUACGCCGAUUUAAACAUCUGGAUUUCUGAGCAAUCUUUCGAAUUAUUAGGACAUGUAAACACCUUAAUUGUCGUUCCAGCAGUUUAUUUGAUCUGCGCACGUGCUAGAACCAGCCGAGUGAGCCGCCCUCUUUAGCUCAAGUGAAGUUCGGAACAACUGAAUGUAUGCGUCUUAGAAAUAGUUUUCACAUACAAACUUUAUAUGUCUGAACAAAAAUAACAUGGUCGCUGUGGUAGAACAGAUAUUUUGAUUGGCGAUUUUCUGCAUUUAUUAAAGUGCCUUCAGGUAGCCGGAUUUCAGAUGUGACCAAUCAAGGCCAGAUAGUUUCUCAGUUUAGCAGAGUGUGCAUAUUAAGAAUUAAUUUCAUUCCCAAAAAUGUCAGAAAUAUUGUUUAAAGAACUUAUAAAAGAGAUUGGUGUGUCUUUUCACCAUUUAACCAUGGUAUGGGGUUGUUGAAUUACAGACAUGUAUUUGUUUGAAAUCUAUCUCUUGAUGGUUUCAUUUCAGAGAGACAAAUAAUCAUGUUUUGUUGCAAAACACAAUAUAUCCGCUUCACUCUCAGAGGAAUAAGUUGUACUGCUAGGUUUUACACAGUAGAAUGUAAUAAAUAAUCCUAAUUUUAAAUAAAGUGUUGUGCAAAUGCUACAUUUGUGACAUCAAUAUUUUAUUUACAAAAUGUACAUUAAUAAAUACAGUAAUAUGAGAUCUGUAUGUAAAUUAUCUACAUUUGACAUUUUUGUCAUUUAGCAGAUGUUCUUAUCCAGAAUGACUUACAGUUAAUGCAUUCAUCUUAAAAUAGCUAGGUGAGACAACCACAUACUGUAUCACAGUCAAAUAUACAGAAUAUGAACAUAGUGUUUUGCAACAAAACCCAUUUUAAUACACAUCUAAAAUAUAUGAAUUAAACAUCUGAGAACACUAAUAUUUUAAACCCACACGAAGGUACCCAUGAGCAAUAAUUUCUGAUGAAAAAAGACAAAUGUGAAAAAUUGGUGGAUAUAGCGUUUUGGAACUAAACUCUUCAUAUGUUUGUCAAACUGGAAGAGUCACGAGUCACGAGCAUUGACCUCAGGACUGGUUAGGCUUUGGCCCUUGGUCAACACCUGCUUUACUAACGAAUAUAUGCAUAAAACAUAUUUGUUUACCCCAAUAGCCCAUGAUGUCAUCGUCUCUGGUCCUAUAUUGAUCCUAUACAUCCCCUUCCAUUGUCUUAAAGGGACUGGGAUGUAGCUAGUCACACACUUUGAGUAGGGUCUUGGAUUACAGUUUGGUUUGUGGUGGGAGGAUGAACCUGAUUCUGUGUCUAGUACUGUCUGUGUCCAGAGAGAUUGUUGUGAUCCGUUGACUUUGCAAGGUUGUUCUAAUUGGAGUACCAUCGGGUUUGGUCUGGUCUGGGAGAUCUAACAAUGCAACUCUGUUAAGAAACUACUGUUUUCUGCUGAAUAAGCAUGUUUUUUUAAUUACAUUUUUAUGGAUAACCUUUUAUAAACUCUGAAUAAGUUAGUGUCAAACUUUUAAGAAGCAGGUAAAACAGAAAUCUGGCAUUCUUUUAGGACUAGCCUUUUCUUUUAGGACUGGGAUUUAGAACUUUAGUUUAGAGUUGAGUGUUUCAGUUAGAGUUGAAGAGAUACUGUAGUUCUUAGAGUUCAGGAAGAACAUGGAUGAGAAUGGGACUGGACACAACAACAAAGGAAAUAGUAAGAAUUAAUGAUGACAAUGAAUUUACACAUGUUAUUAGUACUAAUAUUUGUCAAUGUAGUCCAUUGUUUAUGUAAAGUAAUGUUUAAUAUAACAUCAUUACAUUAUCAUUACAAAACCAACAUUUAGCAAUAUUUAUCCAUUUAUUAAGUUCACUUGGACACAAUCUAUAGGACUUUAGAUGUGUGGGUGUGUUUGUGGACCCAUUAUGGUUAUCAUUAUGUCUCCUUUAUUCUGAUUUAUAAAUGUAAUAUUAAAUGUAUUUCAUUUUCAUUAGGUUAUUGAACACAAAUUGUGAAUUCACAGAACUUUGGUUUCUCUUUUAUUCAACAAUUUUGUAGUAUCCUGUGUAGAAAGGAUGACCUAUGGUCAACUUGAUAUGAAUUGAAGUGUAGCAUGUCCAAAUUCCACAGAGACCAUUCUAAUAUUAGAACGAGAGGAAGUCAUUUUUUUUUCAUUUUUUAUUUUCCUCUUCACUCUUUUUCUUUUAACCAAUGAGACUCCUUCUAAUCCUCGGGUCUGUUUAUUUAAACUGCCAAACACACAACUGGGUGGAAAUGUUUUGAAGCUAACAGAUAAUUCAUGUUGCAGAGAAGUGAGCCCCGAGUCAGAGAUAGUCAGGGACUUGAUGGAGAUCAGCUGGACAGUAGCUUAUGUUAGUGAAGAUGCACGCACAUCUUCCCUUUGAGUGGAGGAAAAGCACCAUCCGGGUGAGGGUCAACAGAGUCCAAGGGCCAAUUCACAUAGUGCAGUAUGUCUGAAAAAUAAACAACUCUCAGCUGCAAACUCUCAGAUGUCAUCUGAGUCGGACCUGGGCCUGCCUGGGCAGCUAGCAGGAGAUCAAGAGGGAUGAUUUCACAUAUAUAAAUGUUGCUUUUGGAUGCUUUAGUUAUGGAUGACCAUGAAAAACAAACAAUAGCACUUUACACUUGUAUAACCGUUUUGUUAUUGCAUAGAUUAUUAUGCAUAGGAAUUACACAAAAGUGGAUGAAAAGGCUUUCUUAAAGGUAAUGAUUGUUUUCCCAGAAUUUGUUAUUUUAUAUUAUUUUGCCAGUAUUUCAUUAUUUGAUAUGCACAUCCAGUUAGUUAGAGUUAGAACAAUUUAUUUAAUUGUCACUCCACAAUUAUAAAGUAAUACAAAAUAAAGAUUUUUUUAAAACCACAUUGUGGACCACUCAAAUUGAGUUUAAAACACUAAAAACAAUCAUAUAGCCAAACAUCCAUGAGCUAGAUCAUUUCUGUGAUAUGGCCCACUAUAUGUACAGUACAUAUGUUGCUUGCUGUCAUGCAUAUGAUACAUUACAAGUUGUAGCUUUGAAACAUGGCCCUGAACUAGAUGGAAUGCAUAAAGGUUGCCUAAAUGUAUCAUCCUACUCUCUCAUGCAGUAAUAAAUUAGGCCAACCUUAGUUUGACAGCAACAUUUCAAUUUCCAGUGAUUUGUACUAGAAAGAAAUACAAUAAAACUAAAUAUGCAUUAUGUAAUAUUUUCAUAUAGGACUUUGCAGUCUGUGGGAAAUGUAUUCUUUUCACAUGACACUUUGCAGUCUGCUCCAUUGAAGGGACAUUUAACCACAUUUAUUACCAGGUAUCAAUGUUGAUUUACUCACGUCAGCUAUUUCGAUCCAUAAGGCCUGAAACCAGAAACUCUUGAUAACCUUUUGUAGUCGUCCUACAUCCCCCAUGCAAGCUGAGUGUGGCCCAAUGGUUUAGAGGGACCAUACCACAUAAUUCCCUGUAUAGUUUGGACACGGUUAUCUAAUUGGCUUCGUAAAAUGGAAGAGAGACCUCAGGCACCGCAAGUUUAAGAUAUACAAUUUUAGCACCGGAAACAUAUCAUGGAGGCAUACUCUACAUUAGAUGCACCUAUACAUUUGAACUCAUAUAGGCUUAUUUUAUACCCUACAGAAUAGCUUAUUCAUCAUCUAUGGUACAUUACAACCAACCCAGAACUUACGUGUUGAGACUUAAGAGGUGCUCCUUGCUGUUUGUCUCCCCAGGUAAAGCUCACCUGACCCAGGACCCGGACCCGUCUGGAGAGCCCCAAGAUACUGGCCAGCAGUCUGGGGAAGCCAUGGAGAAAAAUGAGAGGUCCACCCACAUCCCUGGCAAAGAUAAAGAGGUGGAUAUCAUCAAUAUCAAGGGCAUCGAAGACAUAGGCUAUGUCCAGCCGGAUUCCAUAGUAAGUCACCUUUACUUUUCAGCAACUGGCAAAUCAAAGUCUACAGCACAUAGUAGCUAGCACAUAGCAGCAUGUGAAGCAUGUGAUUCCUGGAAAGAAUGUCCAGCACAGUACAACUAGUGUUGACAGUGGAAAAUACCCUUGCAAGACUAAAUGGUUGGUUUGCACGAUCACAAGUUUAGAUCACAGUGGGGAUAUAAUGGGGAUACCUCAUUCCUGCAUUGUUUGUUUCCUUUGAUCUUGAUGGCCUUUUCAUUAACUGACUUUAUCUGUCAAUUGUUGUACAAUAUAUAUACAAAACUAUGUGGACACCCCUUCAAAUGAGUGGAUUCGGCUAUUUCAGCCAUACCCGUUGCUGACAGGUGUAUAAAACCGUGCACACAGCCAUGCAAUCUCCAUAGACAAACAUUGGCAGUAGAAUGGCGUUACUCAAGAACUCAGUGACUUUCAACGUGGCACCGUCAUAGGAUGCCACCUUUCCGUCAAGUCAGUUUGUCAAAUUUCUGCUCUGCUAGAGCUGCCCGGUCAACUGUAAGUGCUGUUAUUGUGAAGUGGAAACGUCUAGUAGCAACAACGGCUCAGCCGCGAAGUGGUAGCUUGCUGAACGAGACAGUUGAGUGCUGAAGCGCGUAGCGCGUAAAAAUCGUCUGUCCUCGGUUGCAACUCUCACCACAGAGUUCCAAACUGCCUCUGGAAGCAACGUCAGCACAAGAACUGUUAGUCGGGAGCUUCAUGAAAUGGGUUUCCAUGGCCGAGCAGCCGCACACACAAGCCUAAGAUCACCAUGCGCAAUGCCAAGUGUCGGCUGGAGUUGUGUAAAUCUCGCCGCCAUUGGACUCUGGAGCAGUGGAAACGCAUUCUCUGGAGUGAUGAAUCAUGCUUCACCAUCUGGCAGUCCGACGGACAAAUCUGGGUUUGGCGGAUGCCAGGAGAACGCUACCUGCCCCAAUGCAUAGUGCCAACUGUAACGUGUGGUGGAGGAGGAAUAAUGGUUUGGGGCUGUUUUUCAUGGUUCGGGCUAGGCCCCUUAGUUCCAGUGAAGGGAAAUCUUAACGCUUCCAACUUUGUGGCAACAGUUUGGGGAAUUUCCUUUCCUGUUUCAGCAUGACAAUGCCCCUGUGCACAAAGCGAGGUCCAUACAGAAAUGGUUGUUUCCUUUUUUCUUGAUGGCCUUUUCAUUAACCGACUUUAUCUGUCAAUCGUUGUAUGUCACAGAUGUACGUAUGGCAAGUCAGGAGAUGUCUGUCUUAGCUAAAUAAAUGUUCCUAUUAUUACAGAUUUUUCUCCUCUGUCUGCAUAGGUACCACUCAACACCAUGACAAGAGUUUGGACUGGACUGACUGGACUGACUGAUACUGUAUAAUGUGAACCGAUGUCUGCUAUGUGUUGGAUAUUUUUGGUUUAUGUAGACAGGGAACAGUUCCGUAACAAGCCAUUUGGGAAAGGCUGGCUAAAGAAUUUAAUGAAGGUUGAAUUUAUAUUUGGAGGUUUACAUGUAUCCCUCUGGUGGCCGAGUUGACCUAUUUUAAGAAAUGCCAUUGGUUUGUGGAGAAAAAAUGUAAUAUCUUUGAUAGGAUGAUGAGGAAUUUGUUACAGGAAAUAUUCACUAUCACCUGGUGAGGUUAUCAUAGGGCUAACAUGUGCCAGGGUAUCUGAUGGGACCAGCUACAAUGUAGCGUUCUAUCACGUGACACUACGUCAAUGAUUUUAAUUGGCUGAUGCUUAAUAUUUUUCUAAUGUUGACGAGUAUGGCCCCUAAGUGUUUAAUUCCCUCUUCUUCAAUACUGUGUAUCCAGUGCUUCAUCUGAAGUGGUGCUCCAUCUCUGUGUUGCGAUGAGAAAUUAUGUCACUGAGGACCCUCUCAGGGGAAUGUUUGUACUGGUUGGGCAAGGGCCGCCGGAAAACGUGUGGCGAGGUGGCAUUUGCCACAGCACUUUUCAAUCAGGCGUGGCAGCAUCACACCACUUUUGAUUUACGUUAAUAAAAUAUAUUGACGCAAAGCAAUAAAAAGAGGGGCAAAGUGCUGUUUUUUGACCGAUUUGCCUCAUGAUUUGUCAACUUGCGAAGAAUUUCUUUGUCCUUCACAUCAGAGUGCUGCUGCAGGCUCUUUGUGUGUCUUGACCAAUUACUUGACCAAUCAGAUUCACGGAAAUCGCAGGUCAUGCGCGCUCUCCACUUUCCUCCGGUAUUUAUUUAGCAAGCAUGAUAACACAUCACUCAGACAGACACAAGCAAAAACGCUUCCAUAAAUGUAGCAGCCUAAACACCUAAACAUUAGCGAUCUGACAUGCUGUAUUUCAAGGAAACAAGAAAACAUUUCUGAUCAACUGUAGGCUGCUAACACGAAGCGGUAACGCUGUGUAUAUAUAUUGUGAAAAAUGUGUAUGGGAUCAAAUUUGUUUUAUAUUCAAACUUGGGCUGACUAGGCUACCUAGACUUUUUCAAUAGAAAAUUAUUAACUGGAAUGAUUCAAUAAACACAAUAGCUAACAUAGGGCAGGACUAGGCAAUGCAAAGCUGCAUAAAGCAAGCUCAGCCCUGUGAGUUUUAUUGUCUUAUCAUGUUGCUCUGUGUUUCUGUAUAGGAACCACCCCUAGUCCUUUAAAAAAUAUAUCAUUAAUAUGAACAAGUACAAGGUUGCUGCUGUUUGACAGGGUUUUCAUCCUCCCCAAGGCUAGGAGUUUUUCCAGGAUAAAAAAACAACAACAACCUGAGUAGAAAAACUCUGGUCCCAUCAUAGCCUCAUAGCCCAUAUUAAAGCUUUUUACAAUAGAUUAAUCACGUCAUACCGUAAAGGUCCGUUUUACCUGGUUAGGUUACCAGAUCAGGAAAAACUACGGGCCCAGAGUUGUUUUUCUACCAAACCACUCUGGGACCUGUGGUUUCACCUCUGGAUUGGGCCAAUGUUUACGUUCUAAUUAAGCAAUAAGGCCAGAGUGGGUGUGGUAUAUGGCCAAUAUACCACGGCUAAGGACUCUUCUUAUGCACGACGCAACGCGGAGUGCCUGGUUACAGACCUUAGCCGUGGUAUAUUGGCCAUUUAUCCCAAACCCCAAAGGUGCCUUAUUGCUAUUAUAAACUGGUUACCAACGUAAUUAGAGCAAUAAAAAGACAUGUUUUGUCAUACGGCUGUCAGCCAAUCAGCAUUCAGGGUUCGAACCACCCAGUUUAUAAUUAAAUGUAUCGCAGCUUAACCUUGACCUCCGAAUGAUUAGCAGCCCCUGAAAAAGAUGCUGAAUAUCUGCUAUGGCUUUUAUAUGUAAUGAGGGAUUGAGAUAGGAGAGGGCACCUUGUCGCGUUCAGAUCAAGGCUAAUAUUAGCUCCUUGGCGUCUCAGACUCUUCUCAAGUAACAAGUAGUGGGUCUUGUAGCAGAGAGACUUUGGGCUUGGUUCACCCCUGUGGACGGUGACAGGGAGAGCUGGAGAGAGAAGAGAGAGAGGGAAAGAGAGAGAGCUCUGUUUAAUAGCAGUAGUCAGCGGCAGCGCUCGCCUAGUGAUGGGAAGAUGGCAGGAGAAACACCAGAGAGCUCAGGGACUUCGCUGCUACAUAGCGCAGCAGCCACAGCUAGCAAGCCCAGGCACUUCUUAAAGGAUGUGGUUUUUCAUGGCAAAUUUCAAGUGAGUGGAAUGACAAAGAUACAGUAUGUGUGGAUUUUCAUCACGUGUUAACAUACUAGUACUUCAGUAGAAACUGAAACUAACUAUCUCUGCUUUGUUAUAGUUUGAUAUUUGGUUUUUAAAGUGACGAUAAAUUAUAAACUUUGAUUUGUUGGAAAAUAACACUGUAGGUGGAAGUCAGUUGUAUGUUUGUUUUGUGGAAAUGUAGUUUCCACUUCAACUUUGUUAAGUAAUGAAUACAUUCAUUUUGUCUGUUGUAAUCCUUUUUUAGUAGCUUUUGUGCUAGGAUUUUUUUUAAAUCUCAAUAUAGUUGAGAAAUGGCUUGACCUGGUUUGACAGCUUGCAGAGAGAAAAUGAUCUUGUAGCCUAAUUACAGAACAAGUAUCUACCGUACACGCCUAACACGUUUUAAUGUUGGUCCUGUUCCACAUUACACAUGAAGCUCUGUGAAGACUUGUACUAGAGAGGGGUGUGUGUGAAAUGAGUGAAAUGUAUACACCCAAUAACAUCACCACUCAUUACUCUUUUUCAACUCCCUUAUCAUCUUGCUGUCUGUGACCAUGUGUUUCUAGUUUUACCUUCUCAACCAGUGGUACAAAUGGAACAGUGUCUAUGAUUUUCAUCGCCAUCAUGUGAGGGUAGAAUGUGGAAUUGUGUAUAAUUGUCAAAUUAGGUCACAAUAAUUGUAUGACGUGUAUGUGGGGCGGGCCACAAUCCACUUUUUACAUAUUGUGAUUAAAAAUAGAAAAUCAGUUGGGUCAGUCAGUGCUAUUAAAAUAGUCUGCAGGAAUAUUGGAAUAUAUUAUUACAACUGAUAAGUCAUACAAUUUGAAGUAUGUUGAUAUGGUCAAUGGCCUGGACACUGUGGACAGCAGCUUGUAGUUAGCUGGACCCGACCAAUCCAGACCUCUAAAGAUCACAGUCAGUCAGCUAUGUUUACCAAAAACAUAACUUUAAAUGUCAAGAGUAUAUGUCCAGCAUGUAGUCUUGUGUGCACCCAAACACCAACAUGUCUACGCACACACAAGCGAUCAUCAACCAUUUUGGAACUCUUACCUGAAAUAAGAUAGUUCAAGGGGUCUUGAAGGUGCCUCAUGCAACUGCCUUUUAGCUAAAUAAUACUACAUUGAAAGUGGCGCACAUAAAACCCGGUAUGUGCAUUCUUCAUCAGUCUACCACUUAUGAAAACAAAAGGCUUUUAUGUCUUUUAAUAGUUAUUGAUUUUUGAGAGAUGAGACUGUUGGAUGUCUCUAAUGAUAAUAUUGACUAUUGCUACAAUAAAAUGCCACCAGGUCAGGAAUAAGCAAUGAGUUUUGGAGUCACCCAAACUUUCCUGGUCAAACAAGCUUCAUGUCCGAUAGCGGUUGUCGACUAGCCUAUCCCUCUGAAAACUCCAUGGAAAUACCCGACUAUAACCAGAUCAUGAAUCUAGUUAGAAGUGUGACACAAAUAUUCAAGUGGAUGUAUAGCAAACUUAGAAAGAGUUCAGAAAUCACAGGAAUUUUGAUGAUCUACUGUAUAUCAAAAAAUCGAAAGAUCAAGAUAUGGUAACAUAAUAAACAUACUGUACUAAAACAUUACAGACUAGAUUUCAGUUUGUCGGAAAUGAUUUAAUCUAUACUGGUUUGCAGGCAGACAGUAAAUGAGAAAUCUGGCAUAUUACAAUCCUGUCAAAUUUAUAUUUUUUCAAGAUUUGAUUAACAUUUGUUUUAUGAUUUUUAUGAUUCUAUACUGUAUGUUCAGCAAUGCCUAUUGAAGUUUGUACAAUAAGAGAUUAUAAUAUCAUACCUAUAGACGCCAUUCAUAUAAAUGAAUGAUAUAUCAUAAAAUAAAGAAUCAGGUAUUUUUGGUUCAUUGUUUGUACACACGCAUACAGAGUAGCAACACAAGCCCUUUGUUGGAUAUAAAAAUAACUUGUAGUUUACUAAAUAAUUCUCAGCAUUCAGGUUUAAAGUCACUGAGUGGUCACUUCUCCCAAGGGGAACCAGAAUUCCACAGGAACCCCAUUGGGUCUAGGUGACUCUCCCAACUUGACCCCUAUAGUCUAACUGGCUCACUAACCAUUUGAAUGGCAAAAGCUCCACAGCACACACACAUACACAUACACACAUGUACAUGGUCCAGCUAGGUAGCGAGCCUUCUCUAAUGCACAGCCAUCCCCUCUCUCCCCAGCUCCUGAACUCCCUGACACCUGAGGAGAACACCGGAUGCCAGCACGGCCUGUACUUCCAGGAUGGAGAGAGGCGGGUGGACUACAUCCUCACCUACCACAUCAAAAAGCCCAGCAGCUCCCGCUCUAACCGACAGUCCUCCCGCUUCACCGACAACGCCUUCACACGGAGCCUCCGCCGCGGGACGGCCAGGCUGGGACGACCACCGCCCCCGCAGUCCAGAGGUGACCGUGAGGUGGCCUCUCAGGACCACAGCAUGGACUACCACGAGGACGACAAGCGCUUCCGCCGGGAAGAGUUUGAGGGCAACCUGAGGGAUAUGGGCCUGGAGCUGGAGAAGGAUGAGGAUGUGAGUUGCUUCUCUAUGGCUUCUCUGUUCUGUUGUUUUCGACAGCCCCAAACCCACCCGAUAUUAUCAGCUAUGUCCAGCCAGGUCUAGCGUUAGCUAGUGUUAGCCACGCGUUAGCUUAGGGCAGAGCAUUCCACACAACACCGCUGCCCAUCUAGAGUCCUUGUUUUUUUUGUCUGUGGGCUUAGGUCAGCCAGUUUGCCUGGUGUCCCCACCAUGCAACAGUACACAAAAGAUACAUUGUAGUUUGGCACAGCACCAGCUGGAACCGGCCUAUAAGGGCUAACGGGACUAGGGUAACCAGGGUAACCUUGCUGCUGUCAUUGGUUUGUUGUUGGAUUUAUUUAGAACCAUAUCACAGAACCAACCGCAUCAUUAGUCUGUUUUCUGAAGAGGGUUCUGUUUCUCACACCUGACAAUGUUUGGGUGUCUUUGAAAAUGCCAUGAUAGACUUCAAAAUCCUUUCAACAUUACAUCAGUCAUUUCAAUGUGAUUUUUCUUCAUUUUUUAAACUAGGCAAGUCAGUUAAGAACAAAUUCAUUUACAAUGACGGCCUACACCAGCCAAACCCGGACAACGCUGGGCCAAUUGUGCACCGCCCUAUGGGACUCCCAAUCACGGCCGCUGGUGAUACAGCCUGGAAUCGAACCAGGGGGUCUGUAGUGACGCCUCAAACACUGAGAUGCAGUGCCUUAGACCGUUGCGCCACUCGGGAGCCCAUUCAAAGCCAAUGCAUUUUGAAUUCAAAAUCACUAAUCAGGAUCAAGAUUCAACUCUCAUAUAAAAGGAGGGCAGCCAUCAAAUCAACUUUUUGGACUAGAUGUCAUGAGAGUGAAUGAAAAGGGAAAAGCCUGUGCACUUCUAGUGAUAGUCUUCAGUGGUGUGUUGACCAACUGCAAUCUCAAAUACAGAGUCCAGUAAUCUGAGACUAUCAAGUUGGUCUGAGUGCUGAUGAUGGCAAGAUGACAGCUGCCAUGGUGGAUCUCUUUACCCAGACAGGACAGGGCAGGACAGGGCAGGGAUGGCCCUGUGGAAGGAACACACCAUUCCCAUGCACGCACACACACACACUCCAGGCAAGCAAUGUGGCAAUGCCAGCUAGAAGAUCACACAGAAUACCUUGACUGUUCUCUCCAAGAACAACAUACACUCUCACACACCCACACACACUCUCACACACUCUCACACUUACAAAGGGCACAUUUUUCACAAGCUUGAUGUCCUAUUGCUUUCAUUAAAUUAAGUGUGUGAGGAAAAAAAGACGUAUGUCAAGUGUUCUUUGGGACUUUGUGACAGACAGUGUACACAAGAUAUUUGGUUCUGGGUGCUAAGAUUAAUUGUGAUUAAUGUAUAAACCAUCCGGUUAUAAUUUCCACUUUGUCCCCAAAUUGCAUUCAAGCCACCAUUUUAUUACUGAAGCUUUUCCCUCAUGGUUACUGCGGUUAUUACAUCAAACUGUUUGUGUUCUCUGUGGGGGAAAACAUACUGAAUAAUCUCUGUCUUAUCAUGUUAGUGGAGAGGAGAGGAGAGAGGGGAGUCAUGUUUAGGUAGUUUAUCAUUUUCUCUCAUCGACCGUCCAUUGUGGAGUUAGUUGAUUAAAACAGGCGCCCUAAGUAUUAUAGAUCAUUAAAGUGCUGUUGACUUAAACUAGUCUGUAUAUAGAAGACACUAAGUGGAUCUAACAGUGGGAGACUGGGACGGGACUGCAGUGGGAAGGAAGGAAGCGGAGGUGGUGAUGGGAUGUGAAUGUUUGAGACUGAAACAGUGAUGGAAACUUCCACUAGGAAACCCAUUACUUAAACCUGACCCCAACCGCUCCAGAAUGUUCUACGUUUCUCCGAUUCCUUGAACGUGAAUACAGGGUAAUGUCUGGCAGCGCAAGACUACAUACGGUAAUACCUGAUUGGACGUCUUUUAGAUCCACAGGCCUAAACUCAAUACUUGUUGAAAUAUUUUUAGAAAAUAGUCAGUAGGCUAUAGUCAAGUGCACAUCACUUGUUAAGGGGUACUGGGCCGAAGUAAACUAGUAGAAAUGAAGUAGGGUACAAACACACGAUUGAGCCACCACAAAUCUUUAAUAAGGUCAGUUGUAGGAUCUUCAUUUGACCUGUAUUGUUGCAGCAAAAGAAUCCUGCAGCAACAGGAUUUUAAUGUUUAGUCCAUAAUGUUGCUUGAUCGGUGGUUAGGCUAUUAGCUGGUCAAAAUGAGGCUAUAUGAAAAGUGGAAUACUGCUAAUAUAACCGUGUGUUACACUAUUAGAAAAAAGGGUUCCAACAGGGUUCUUUGGUUGUCCCCAUAGGAGAACUCUUUUUGGUUCCAUGGAGAACCAUUUUUGGUUCCAGGUUGAUCCCUUUUGGGUUCCAUGUAAAACCCUCUGUGGAAAGGGUUCUACAUGGAACCCAAAAAGGUUUUACCUGGACCCAAAAGGGUUCUACCUAUGGGGACAGCCGAAAAACCCUUUUAGGUUCUAGAUUUUUUCUAAGAGUGUAGUACAGUUUUUCAGUGAAUCUGCAUUUCCUGCGGCGCAAGUCUCAGCAACAAAAGUGAUCAAAUUAAGAUCCUAUCUGUACACAACCACAUUUCGAUCCAAGACUGGCCAUGAGGGGUCUGUUUGUUUUGCAAUGUGAUGGUGGGAACAGGAGACAUAAUGCAGUCUCACAGACUAGUUGUUGCAUUCCAAAAUCAUUUCUGGUCCGAAUACUCACAGAGAUACAGCCUUUUGAUAACAACGACUCCACCACGUCUCGAGUUGUUGGAAAUGUCACUCCUCAUGUUUUAGAUAGUGUGACAUCUGUGGUUUGACAAACAGUGCACAGUACAGAGGCACGUCAAGUCCAAGGUACUUUGACAAGAUGUUAUACAAAGACUGAUGAUCUAUAUCAAAAACAAAACAAAAUGCUGGCUCUGAAAGGGAAGAGAAAGGGCUGUUAAGACAGUCGGUUGUUUCAGAGUUUGAGAUCAAAGUAAGAGACUGUGUUUUGUUUUAUGAUUCUGCGUUGUUACUAAUGAUGCUUGUCUCAGCUCUAUUGGAGACAAUAUAAACGGAGAAAGCCUGUUACGGUUGGUUGUUUAGAAUUUGAGAUCAAAGUUAGAGGCCGUCCCCUGCUACUAGUGAUGGUUGCCUUGUCACAGGAGGAGUUGCACAUUGGAACAGAUGUUCUGGCUGUACCAUAUCAGUGGGUGAAUGAGCAUCUCAGUAACCACUGAUUCCAUGUAAACAAACAACUAACUAACCAUGGUAUCCUGUGGGUCGUAACUGGGUAGCUGGGUGACAGCAGCAUCAAAGUCUUCACAGUGAAUCCCUCCUGUGUUGAUGUUCAUGAACAUACAUACUGUGGAAAAAGAUUGAUGUUGGUACUACUUUUCACUUUUUUGUCAUUAUACAGUAUGUUAUACGUGCUGCGCUCGCUCACUGACAGGUCGUCACUGUAAAUAACAAUUUGUUCUUAAUUGACUUACCUGAAUAAAUAAUGGUGAAAUAAUUGAAAUAAUGAAAGUCCUAGAUUAAAAUGCUGACGUUAUCGAGAUUCUUGUUUGUGUAAUGAUGAUGAUGAUGUGUUUCUAAAGACUGGUAGCAGGUUUCUCUCAUGAUUUCCCAUGGUGUCUUUCCCUCUGUGUCUCCCAUAAGUAGCCUUCCGUUCCCAGACAUUGUUUUGAUUGAAGUUACUAUAGAGGAGGAGGGAUUUGUUUGGAGAGUCCCAUUUAUUGUUUACCCAACUGUCAUCCAGAUGAAUGUAUUGCUUUCCUUAAUGACACGAGAUAAAUGCAUGCAUUUCUUUAAUUCUUUCAUUUGGUUGCCUUUUUACCUCUGAUGUUUAUCUGUGCCUUCAUGUCAUGUACUGUUGGUCUUGUAUAGAAAGAGUAAUAUGGGCAAAGUGUUGGGCAUUCAGUAGUAUUUGGUUUUAACAAACCUUAAACUGACAUUGUAUUGUUUCAAUGAAUCUGUUCUGUGUUUAUUUCAGACUAAAACUCCAAGUGUGGGCUUUGUGAAGAUCCAUGCUCCUUGGCAUGUGCUCUGUCGAGAGGCGGAGUUUAUGAAGCUCAAGAUGCCCACGAAAAAAGUAUGUCAACUGUUGAAUGAUGUGUAAAGGUCACCAGCUGUCAAGUCCUUGCUUCCUCCGUCCUUGUUUUCUCCUUCGGACCUCCAUCUCCAAUGAGCUUUGAGAGGGAGGCGAGGAGUCAGAGGAAACAAGGACGGAGGAAGCAAGAUUUUGAGAGCUAGUAACCUUUUCGGACACAGACUUCAUGCUAGUCAUUUUCAUCACCUAUGAUUUGUUCUAUAGUGCCUUGGUUAACCUCCUGGUGGUUUUCCUAUAGGUAUAUGAAGUGAAGCAGUGUACUGGUGUUGGGGCGAAGAUCAACACAUUGGUAAACAAAGCCACUGAACCACUUCAUCCCAACGUGGAAGAGAACAGGGCACAAAACGUUAAGCAUCUCUCCUACGCGUUCUCCAGAGAAAAACAACACUUGUGAGUAUAUACUGUAUGUCUUAUGAUGAUAUACAAUAUACAAGGUUGUAUAGACUGCAUACAUGUACAGUAACAUACAGACUUCAAUUCCUGCUCCAAUCCAUCUUGGUUUCAAGGACAUUUAAUGCACUUUUAAUGUAUACGUCUAGUGGCAGAUGGUAUGGCAUGUGGUGGCAUGUGCCUGUUGGCACACAUUCAGGACAGGCAAGAAAAACAGCUGAAGGCAUGUACUUCUGAAGGCUUGUAUUCAUGAGUAUAUAAGUCUUAUGAUUAUAUAUACAAGAUUGUUCUCUAAAGCCCCAAUUCCCGCUCCUAUCCAUCUUUGUUUAAGUGGCAUUUCAUGCACUUCCUCAAAUUGACUACUGUAGUGGCAUAUGGUAUAGCAUGUGGCAUAGCUAUUGACACACAUUGAAGACUGAACAGAAAAAUAGCUAAAGGCCUGAAGGUUUGAGGGCUUGUACAACAAGAGACUAUCAAUAAUAACUGUGACACAGUUUAGGAAGAAAAAAAGACAAAUAGGCUAGUUAUAAAUAGUAUGUAUCUUUUUUCUAGAACAAAAAAGGUGGCAGUUAAGAGCGUUGGACCAGUAACCGAAAGGCUGCUGGGUUGAAUCCCCGAGCUGACUAGGUGAAAAAUCUGUUGAUGUGCUCUUGAGCAAGGCACUUAACCCUAAUUUCUCCUGUAAGUCACUCUGGAUAAGAGUGUCUGCUAAAUGACAAAAAAUGUAAAGAUAUGGUAUGGUAAACAUUUCCUGAAAAGAUGGAGAUUAAGUUACCCUACUGAGGGCUGAAAUUGAACCCAUUAUUCUGUAACUCUUCCAGGAAAGACUUACCAGGAAAGACAGACAUACCAGCUCACACAUGAUCUAGCACAGAAGCAGAAGUCAAAUAAACAUGAUGUUGAUGUUGUGUUUAAAGUAAAAAAAAAAAAAAAAAAGGGCUUGUCAGCUUUUACUCUUACUCAAACAACACACAAAAGUAUUUGUCUAAGGGCAUAAGCUACAAACACGGUUAUUUCUGCCUGCGUUUAUUGUUGUUGAUUUAUUUUGUCUAGAGAUUGGGUGGGAGUCUAUUUUGAGCUGCUGGCCUACUGCUGGAGGCUAUGCUAUUCCAUCCCUGCUAUCUAUUCAUUUGGUCUGCUGUAACUAUGCUAAUCAAAACAAUCCCCCAUGGGUUAUCUAUUACAGGUCUGUAAGAACUUUAAAGACCUUUUGGCCCUCUGGUCCCUGGAUGGGCAAGCCUGAUCCCAGAUCUGUUCCUGCGGUCUUGCCAACUCCACGUCGCGUGACAAUAACCAUGGGAGUUGGCAAGACAGUAGGAACAGAUCUGGGACCAGGCUUUGUCCGGGCUGCCUAACCACUGACAUCCUCUCUAUAAUGGGUUUCAUUGCACCUCUGUGUCUAAAGCACUUCUGGGAAUGUCUUUAUUGUGUGCUGGUACAACGGUAGGAAAGAGUGUCUCUCUUUAUAAUGUGGGUACAUGACUUCAAAGACCACCUGCCUAGUAUGAAAAUUGUAUGCACUCACUAACUGUAAGUCGCUCUGGAUAAGAGCGUCUGCUGAAUGACUAAAAUGUAAAUGUAAAUGUCCCCAGUUAACACAACAGUCUCUGUGUGUCUUCUGUAACAGGUUUGAUUUAUCAGACAGAGACUCCUUCUUUGACAGUAAAACAAGAGCUUCAAUAGUAAGUGUUGCUUCAUUGUGUCGGCCAAAUCCCCCAUUACAGUAGACUCUAGCCUGCAAUCAUUACAACCAUUAGUUAGAUGUUCUCAGUUAUUAAUGGGAAACGUAAUAGGAAUGUGCUGUUCUGUGUUCACUUAUUCUUCCCUUCUUAUCUUAUCAGGUUUUUGAAGUAUUGAAACGUACAAAAUGCACAAAGGCUAAGUAUAGUAUGGGUAAGUCAUAACAGUCUGCCUUGUUUUAUAUACCCAUUGUCUAGGAGGGGUUUUCCCAUCAUUGGGUAGUUUGAGAAGUUAAAUCUGUGUUUAUGAAGUACAUAGAGUACCAGUCAAAAGUUUGGACACACCUACUCAUUCCAGGGUAUUUCUUCAUUUGUACUAUUUUCUACCUUGUAGAAUAAUAGUGAAGACAUCAACAUGAUGAAAUAACACAUAUGGAAUCAUGUGGUAAUCAAAAAAGUGUUAAACAAAUCCAAAUGUAUUUUAUAUUUGAGAUUCUUCAAAUAGACACCCUUCGCCUUGAUGACAGCUUUGCACACUCUUGGCAUUCUCUCAACCAGCUUCACCUGGAAUGCUUUUCCAACAGUCUUGAAGGAGUUCCCACAUAUGCUGAGCACUUGUUGGCUGCUUUUCCUUCACUCUGCGGUCUGACUCAUCUCAAACCAUCUCAAUUGGGUUGAGGUCGGAGGAUUGUGGGGGCCAGGUCAUCUAAUGCAGCACUCCGUCACUCUCCUUCUUGGUAAAAUAGCCCUUACACAGCCUGGAGGUGUGUUGGUUAUUGUCAUGUUGAAAAACAAAUUAUAGUCCCACUAAGCCCAAACCAGAUGGGAUGGCGUAUCACUGCAGAAUGCUGUGGUAGCCAUGCUGGUUAAGUGUGCCUUGAAUUAUAAAUAAAUCACUGACAGUGUCACCAGCAAAGCACCCUCACACCAUAACACCUCUUCCUCCAUGCUUACGGUGGGAAAUACACAUGCAGUGAUCAACCGGUCUAAUGUCCAUUGGUCGUGUUUCUUGUCCCAAGCAAGUCUCUUCUUCUUAUUGGUGUCCUUUAGUAGUGGUUUCUUUGCAGCAAUUCGACCAUGAACAGUCUCCUCUGAACAGUUGAUGUUUAGAUGUGUCUGUUACUUGAACUCUGUGAAGCAUUUAUUUGGGCUGCAAUUUCUGAGGCUGGUAACUCUAAUGAACGUAUCCUCUGCAGCAGAGGUAACUCUGGGUCUUCCAUUCCUGUGGCGGUCCUCAUGAGAGCCAGUUUCAUCAUAGCGCUUGAUGGUUUUUGCGACUGCACUUGAAGAAACUUUCAAAGUUCUUGAAAUGUUCCGUAUUGACAGACCUUCAUGUCUUAAAGUAAUGAUGGACUGUUUCUAUUUGCUUAUUUGAGCUGUUCUUGCCAUAAUAUGUACUUGGUCUUCACCAGAUAGGACUAUCUUCUGUAUACCCCCCCACCUUGUCACAACACAACUUGUCACAAUGCUCAAUUGCAUUAAGAAACAAAUUAACUUUUAAGAAGGCACACCUGUUAAUUGAAAUGCAUUCCAGGUGACUAUCUCAUGAAGCUGGUUGAGAGAAUGCCAAGAGUGUACAAAGCUGUCAUCAAGGAAAAUGGUGGCUAUUUGAAGAAUCUCAAAUAUAAAAUACAUUUGGAUUUGUUUAACACUUUUUUGGUUACUACAUGAUUCCAUAUGUGUUAUUUCAUAGUUUUGAUGUCUUCACUAUAAUUCUACAAUGUAAAAACCCUUGAAUGAGUAGGUGUGUCCAAACUUUUGACUGGUAGUGUAUGUAUGAUGCACAAGAAUGCAGUAAGCAUGCAGAAUGUAGACAAUAGUCUGUUCUUUGUAUGUGUGUGCGCACGUGUGUGUGUUUUAUAACCUAUAGACUGAAACGGUACCUCUGAGUUGUCACUAGUACCAGAGGUGCAACCCUUCCUUUUAAGGGCAUUUGUUCAUGUACUCGGAUAUGCCAAAAGCAGUGACUAAAGAUCAACAGAAUUACCUGGUAUUUCAUUUGAAUUUAAAACAAGGUACAACUGCUCCUUUUUUCUUCGUGUAGGGAUCACCAGCCUGCUAGGUAGUGGAGUCUACACAGCUGCCUAUCCACUACAUGAUGUGAGUACUCAUUGCAAUCAGCAUACAGUGGGGGAAAAAAGUAUUUAGUCAGCCACCAAUUGUGCAAGUUCUCCCACUUAAAAAGAUGAGAGAGGCCUGUAAUUUUCAUCAUAGGUACACGUCAACUAUGACAGACCAAAUUGAGGAAAAAAAUCCAGAAAAUCACAUUGUAGGAUUUUUAAUGAAUUGUUUGCAAAAUUAUGGUGGAAAUAAGUAUUUGGUCACCUACAAACAAGCAAGAUUUCUGGCUCUCACAGACCUGUAACUUCUUCUUUAAGAGGCUCCUCUGUCCUCCACUCGUUACCUGUAUUAAUGGCACCUGUUUGAACUUGUUAUCAGUAUAAAAGACACCUGUCCACAACCUCAAACAGUCACACUCCAAACUCCACUAUGGCCAAGACCAAAGAGCUGUCAAAGGACACCAGACCACAAGCGAAAACAAGGCCUCUCUCAUCUUUUUAAGUGGGAGAACUUGCACAGUUGGUGGCUGACUAAAUACUUUUUUUCCCCACUGUAAGUGUGUUUACAAUACAACUAUAUUGUACAAUUUGCAUCUGAAAUGUAUAUUUUUGCAGUAUUAUGUUAUUCCCAACCCCCUGGACACCACAUACAGUGGGGGAAAAAAGUAUUUAGUCAGCCACCAAUUGUGCAAGUUCUCCCACUUAAAAAGAUGAGAGAGGCCUGUAAUUUUCAUCAUAGGUACACGUCAACUAUGACAGACAAAAUGAGAACAUAAAAUCCAGAAAAUCACAUUGUAGGAUUUUUAAUGAAUGUAUUUGCAAAUUAUGGUGGAAAAUAAGUAUUUGGUCAAUAACAAAAGUUUCUCAAUACUUUGUUAUAUACCCUUUGUUGGCAAUGACACAGGUCAAACGUUUUCUGUAAGUCUUCACUGUCACGGAGUACUAGCUGCCACCGCUCUAUGUUUCGUCAUUUGAUUGCUUUUGUCUGUCUGUUACACCUGUGUCCAUUUGUGUGUUGAUUACGUGUCUUAUAAGUUCCUUGUUUUGCACUAGAAUGAUUGUGUGUUGUUAUGACUGCCACUGUGUCGGAGCUACGUGUUUGCACCCUGUUUGUUUUGUGUUUAGUGUUUACGCGUGUGCGUAAUUUUCCCUCGCCUCUUGGUGUAUUUUGAGGUCGGGUUUUUUUUUCUCGUAUACAUUAGACUAUUAAAGUCUGUUGGACUUCACCUCUGUGUCCUGCGCCUGACUCCUCCACCACAUCCACAUCGGUUCUAGUGACAUUCACAAGGUUUUCACACACUGUUGCUGGUAUUUUGGCCCAUUCCUCCAUGCAGAUCUCCUCUAGAGCAGUGAUGUUUUGGGGCUGUCGCUGGGCAACACGGACUUUCAACUCCCUCCAAAGAUUUUCUAUGGGGUUGAGAUCUGGAGACUGGCUAGGCCACUCCAGGACCUUGAAAUGCUUCUUACGAAGCCACUCCUUCGUUGCCUGGGCGGUCUGUUUGGGAUCAUUGUCAUGCUGAAAGACCCAGCCACGUUUCAUCUUCAAUGCCCUUGCUGAUGGAAGGAGGUUUUCACUCAAAAUCUCACGAUACAUGGCCCCAUUCAUUCUUUCCUUUACAUGGAUCAGUCGUCCUGGUCCCUUUGCAGAAAAACAGCCCCAAAGCAUGAUGUUUCCACCCCCAUGCUUCACAGUAGGUAUGGUGUUCUUUGGAUGCAACUCAGCAUUCUUUGUCCUCCAAACACGACGAGUUGAGUUUUUACCAAAAAGUUUUAUUUUGGUUUCAUCUGACCAUAUGACAUUCUCCCAAUCCUCUUCAGGAUCAUCCAAAUGCACUCUAGCAAACUUCAGACGGGCCUGGACAUGUACUGGCUUAAGCAGGGGGACACAUCUGGCACUGCAGGAUUUGAGUCCCUGGCGGCGUAGUAUGUUACUGAUGGUAGGCUUUGUUACUUUGGUCCCAGCUCUCUGCAGGUCAUUCACUAGGUCCCCCUGUGUGGUUCUGGGAUUUUUGCUCACCGUUCUUGUGAUCAUUUUGACCCCACGGGGUGAGAUCUUGCGUGGAGCCCCAGAUCGAGGGAGAUUAUCAGUGGUCUUGUAUGUCUUCCAUUUCCUAAUAAUUGCUCCCACAGUUAAUUUCUUCAAACCAAGCUGCUUACCUAUUGCAGAUUCAGUCUUCCCAGCCUGGUACAGGUCUACAAUUUUGUUUCUGGUGGCCUUUGACAGCUCUUUGGUCUUGGCCAUAGUGGAGUUUGGAGUGUGACUGUUUGAGGUUGUGGACAGGUGUCUUUUAUACUGAUAACAAGUUCAAACAGGUGCCAUUAAUACAGGUAACGAGUGGAGGACAGAGGAGCCUCUUAAAGAAGAAGUUACAGGUCUGUGAGAGCCAGAAAUCUUGCUUGUUUGUAGGUGACCAAAUACUUAUUUUCCACCAUAAUUUGCAAAUAAUUUCAUUAAAAUCCUACAAUGUGAUUUUCAGGAUGUCUUUUUCUCAUUUUGUCUGUCAUAGUUGACGUGUACCUAUGAUGAAAAUUACAGGCCUCUCUCAUCUUUUUAAGUGGGAGAACUUGCACAAUUGGUGGCUGACUAAAUACUUUUUUUCCCCCACUGUAUGUUUCUGUUUAAUGACUUAUGAGACAUGGGAGUCAAUUCAACUGCUGAGUGCUGACUAUACAAUACAUUUAACUGGCAACUUGACUGUAUAUAGAUAUAAUUAUUAAUAUUUGAAUAGGCGUUGUUGAGUCCAGUCGAAUAGAUCAUGUGUUACAGGCCUAGGCUUACAGUAAAUUGAGGUACAGUGGGGUUCGACAUUAUUGUCGCCUUUGAUAAAGAUUAGCAACAAUGACUGUAUAAAAUAAAUAAUUCAAAUACUGAGCUAUAUUGUAUGUAAACAUAUUUUGGAAAUUAAAUUAUUUUAUACUAAUACAAUUGCUCAGGGAAAGAUAUUUUGUUUAACAAGUAAAAAAACAAUUCUCAAAACGCUUGAGGUCAAACUUAUUGACACCCCUAAAGAUUCUUAUAAAUAAAGUAGUCAAAAGUUUAGUAUUUGGUCCCAUAUUCCGAGCACACAAUGACUACAGUCUCUACAAACUUGUUGAAUGCAUUUGCAGUUUGUUUUGGUUGAGUUUCAGAUUAUUUUCUGCCCAAUAGAAAUAAAUGGUAAAUAAUGUAUUGUGUCCUUUUGGAGUCACUUUUAUUGUAAAUAAGAAUAUAAUAUGUUUCUAAACACUUCUACAUUAAUGUGGAUGCUACUAUGAUUACGGAUAAUCCUGAAUGAAUCGUGAAUAAUGAUGAGUAAGAAAGGGUCAAAGAUCACAUCCCCAAGAAAUGCUAACUUCUCACUAUUACCAAUAAAAGGGGAGGUUAGCAUGUCUUUGGGGUAUGAUCUUUGACCCUAUGUAACUUUCUAAUCUGAAACACAACCAAAAUGAACUGCAAAUGCAUCCAACAAGUUUGUAGAGGCACAACCAUGAUGUAGUCAUUGCAUACUAGAAAUAUGGGACCAAAUACUAAACUUUGGACUACUUUAUUUAUAAGAAUCAUUAGGGAUGUCAAUAAUUUUGACCACUACUUUUUUUUGAGAAAAAUAAUUAUUACUUGUUAAAUAAAAUCUGAGAAAAUGUAUUAGUAUAAAAUAAUAUCAUUUCCCAAUUUUUUGGAGCAUACAAUAUAGCUCAGUAUUUGAAUUAUUUAUUUUAUACUAUCAUUAUUGCUAAUUUUUAUCAAGGGUGUCAGUAAUUUUGGACCCUAAUCUGGAUGAAUCACAAGACAGAGCCAUAACUCUGUUUAAUUUGUUGUGCAGGGAGAUGUGGAUGGUGAAAACGUGGAGCCCAAUGAUAGGAAGGUGAGUGACAUAAAUAUGACCACACUGACCUUAUACAUUUUUUAGGAGACCACACUGAUGUUAACAUACCACACUGCAGCCUUGUUUCUGCAGCUGUGUUAAUUGAUGAGAGUACAGCUGUGUGUGUGUGUGUGUGUGUGUGUGUGUGUGUGUGUGUGUGUGUGUGUGUGUGUGUGUGUGUGUGUGUUCAAACCUAAAAGCGGCAACAUAUUUUUAUCUUAAAAGCGCCAACAGGGGUAAUUUUUUACCCAAAAUUGGUCAUGAUUGCAAAGAGACACUCUUUUUCUUUAAUUAACCUUUGGUUACAUAAGUUAUUGGUUUUAAUCCCCCAAAAUAAGCAUAUAUUUUAACAUUUUCACACAUUUAUAGUUACAUUUGAUGUUUAAAUAGACCUUUUUGUAUGUUUUUCAUGUUUUGAACAGUUAUUUUGAUAAAUUUCAUCUGUAUCAACUUGUCAUGAACAUGUUUCUGCAAUUUUUUCACCGCCAAUAUGGGCAUCAGUGCCAUCAGACUCUAACUUGGAACGCUAUGGGCUAUCAACUCAGUUCCAAUUGCAUCUGAAAAGUUAAACUCUCAAUAAUAUGCCAUUUAGCAGACGCUUUUAUCCAAAGCGACUUACAGUCAUGUGUGCAUACAUUUUUACGUAUGGGUGGUCCCGGGGAUCGAACCCACUACCCUGGUGUUACAAGCGCUAUGCUCUACCAAUUGAGCUACAGAGGACCACACUCAACUCAACUUGGUAUAAAGACAUUGACUGGAAUCUAAAUAUGUAUUUACAUUUUAUUUUUAUUUUUGAGUGAUAGUGGAUUUGGAACAGAGUCCAACACAGAUAAAAUAUUUAAAAGUAUUUAAAAUAGUAUUUGAACCCAAUUUUAGUUUAGAGUAGACUCAAGGUUUGUUUGCUUUCCAACAGACAUUCCUGUUCUUUAGCUCCUUCAGAUUUGUUGGUGCUCUGUUCUUAAUGGGCUCUGUCCUUGAGUUUACACCUCAAAUGUUGUAUGGAAUUAAGGCCUGGACCAUGCUUUGAGGUCUGGAAAUUGGCUAGUCAAGAAGAGUGCUUUGUCUUUACCGAUCUAGUAAAGUACAUUUCUGGUGCCCUAAAACAUAAGAAAGCAAAAAGUCAUAAUUUUGCAUAUAAAUGAGUUAAAAAUCAACAUGAAAAGUAGGAAAUAUCCAGUAUCUUCAUAGCUGUGUAGCUGUGUAUCCAGGCUGCUGUGUAGCUGUGUAGCCAGGCUGCUGUGUAGCCAGGCUGCUUUGUAGCUGUGUAUCCAGGCUGCUGUGUAGCUGUGUAGCUGUGUAGCCAGGCUUCUGUGUAGCUGUGUAGCCAGGCUGCUGUGUAGCUGUGUAGCCAGGCUUCUGUGUAGCUGUGUAGCUGUAUGGCCAGGCUGAUGUGUAGCUGUGUAGCCAGGCUGCUGUGUAGCUGUGUAUCCAGGCUGCUGUGUAGCUGUGUAGCCAGGCUGCUGUGUAGCUGUGUAGCUGUGUAUCCAGGCUGCUGUGUAGCUGUGUAUCUGUGUAGCCAGGCUGCUGUGUAGCUGUGUAGCCAGGGUGCUGUGUAGCUGUGUAUCCAGGCUGCUGUGUAUCUGUGUAUCCAGGCUGCUGUGUAGCUGUGUAGCCAGGCUGCUGUGUAGCUGUGUAUCCAGGCUGCUGUGUAGCUGUGUAGCUGUGUAGCCAGGCUGCUGUGUAGCUGUGUAGCCAGGCUGCUGUGUAGCUGUGUAUCCAGACUGCUGUGUAGCUGUGUAGCUGUGUAGCCAGGCUGCUGUGUAGCUGUGUAGCUGUGUAUCCAGGCUGCUGUGUAGCUGUGUAGCUGUGUAGCCAGGCUGCUGUGUAGCUGUGUAGCUGUGUAGCCAGGCUGCUGUGUAGCUGUGUGGGCCAUCUGUUGAGUGCCAGAAGGAUCCUAUUGGCAUCCCCAUCAUUGAAAAAGAGAAUAAUGGCAUGUAAUUGAGGAAUUCUCUCUGAAUGCGGACGUCUCCAAGUGUCUUAUCUUCCUCCCCCUGGGAACGAUUACAAUAAGCUCAGCUUGGCAACAGAGAGAAUCUACAUAGCGCCUGUGUGUGUGUGUGUGUGUGUGUGUGUGUGUGGGUGUGUGCUGCCACAGCCUCAGCCAGAUGCCUUUUCAUGUUUCAUCACUUAUCACCACCACCAUCUGUCCCAUUCCCACGACAACCAAAAAUGUGUCCAAUUAUCCAACUGUUACCACUCUUAAAGCUAGCGUAAUUAUGCUGAUAAAAUCAAUGCAAGCAUAAUAUAGUUCACGAAGAUAAGGACCCUUUAAGAAAGGAUAAGUGUCUCUCAGAUAGGAGAGGAGGAAGAGGGGGGAGGAGGGCGUAUCUUUGAGUGGUGACAAAACAGGAGAAGAUGAUGCCUGUCUGUAGCCUGUUGAUUGUCUAGGGUUUGUGGAGAGAGAAGUCUAGUAUGUUAUUUUGAUAUGGCCUCUACAGUAUUUCAGAAGGAUGGAUGUGGUGGAAACCCUGCCUGUUAAGGGGGGAGAAUGGAGAGGCAGAGAUACCCUGCCUGUGGAGGGGAGAAAGGGAGAGGCAGAGAUACCCUGCCUGUGGAGGGGAGAAAGGGAGAGAGAAAGAGGGGCCUCAUCACCCUCUUGUGACGCUGGCAGGACAUCAGAAGGGGACAGUUCCAACACUCUGAGCCUGCACUGCCACCGGCAUGGCCCAGCCAACCUCAGCCAAGCCCUGCCUGAAUGUCAACAUGAUGGGGCCAGGGCAGAGGAGACGAGACGAGAGGAGAGGAGCAGGGGAGGAAAACAAAGCCCUGGCACCAAGCAUGGGGGGGGAUUGGCGAGGGCACUAGAACAGUCUGCAGCACCCAGCCUCAACCUACUAGAAUCUGAAGUCAAAUGUCUACUGUUUGCUGAUGAUCUGGUGCUUCUGGCCCCAACCAAGGAGGGCCUACAGCAGCACCUAGAUCUUCAGCACAGAUUCUGUCAGACCUGGGCCCUGACAGUAAAUCUCAGUAAGACAAAUAUAAUGGUGUUCCAAAAAAGGUCCAGUUGCCAGGACCACAAAUAUAAAUUCCAUCUAGACACCGUUGCCCUAGAGCACACAAAAAACUAUAUAUACCUCGGCCUAAACAUCAGCGCCACAGGUAACUUCCACAAAGCUGUGAACAAUCCGAGAGACAAGGCAAGAAGGGCCUUCUAUGCCAUCAAAAGGAACAUAACAUUUGACAUACCAAUUAGGAUCUGGCUAAAAAUACUUGAAUCAGUUAUAGAACCCAUUGCCCUUUAUGGUUGUGAGGUCUGGGGUCCGCUCACCAACCAAGAAUUCACAAAAUGGGACAAACACCAAAUUGAGACUCUGCAUGCAGAAUUCUGCAAAAAGACAGGCUAUGUGCACACUGCCCACAAAAUGAGGUGGAAACUGAGCUGCACUUCCUAACCUCCUGCCAAAUGUAUGACCAUAUUAGAGACACAUAUUUCCCUUAGAUUACAAAGAUCCACAAAGAAUUCGAAAACAAACCCAAUUUUGAUAAACUCCCUUAUCUACUGUUUGAAAAACCACAGUGUGCCAUCAUGACCUGUUGCCACAAGAAAUGGGCAACCAGUGAAGAACAAACCAUUGUAAAUACAACCCAUAUUUAUGUUUAUUUAUUUUCCCAUUUGUACUUUAACUAUUGCACAUUGUUACAACACUGUAUAUAGACAUAAUAUGACAUUUGAAAUGUCUUUAUUCUUUUGGAACUUCUGAGUGUAAUGUUUACUGUUCAUUUUUAUUGUUUAUUUCACUUUUGUUUACUAUCUACUUCACUUGCUUUGGCAAUGUUAACAUAUGUUUCCCAUGCCAAUAAAGCCCUUAAAUGAAUUGAAUUGAGAGGGGGAGGGAGAGAGAGAGGGGGGAGGGAGAGAGAGAGAGGGGGAGGGAGAGAGAGAGGGGGGAGGGAGAGAGAGAGAGGGGGAGGAAGAGAGAGCGAGCGAGAGAGAGAGAAAGAGAGAGCGAGAGAGAGGGGAGAGAGAGAGGGAGAGAGAGAGAGAGAGAGCGAGAGAGAGAGAGAGAGAGAGAGAGAGAGAGAGAGAGAGAGAGAGAGAGAGAGAGAGAGAGAGAGAGAGAGAGAGAGAAAUAAAUAAGAAAGAAAAAAAGGAAAGAGCAAUGACGGAGCACUGGCCUCAGAUGGCCUUCUAAUCUCACAGGCUUGUAGGUUAAGACAGUGAUGAGACUCUCCCUGAGGCUACUCAAUGUUGCAUAGUGACACUGAGGUGUUUUGGGGACGGGAGUGUUAGAAGGAAUGUGCCUGUGUGUUCUGAGACUGGAACACAGAUCACCUUACUGCUGUCUGCAUGGCUGGAAGAUCCACUAUGUGACCCACCCAGGCACAACCCAAUACCAGGGGGCCUUGUCCAUGAGGGCAUGUAGGUGUACUAUGUGUACAACCAGUGCAAAUGUGUAGAUACAUGUGUACAUGUACAGUGGGGUCUGAAAUUGCUCCUGUAAGUCGCUCUGGAUAAGAGCGUCUGCUAAAUGACUAAAAUGUAAAUAUUGUAUGCAGAACAUUUUGGGGAAAUUAUAUUAUUUUAUACUAAUACAACUGCUCAGAGAAAGAUAAUUUGUUUAACAAGUAAUGCUUUUUUUCUCAAAAAGGUAAGGGUUAAAAUUAUUGAUAUCCUAUGUUUUCAAUACCUUUCAAUAUCUCACCUUUCGAGGAUAACAGCACUGAGCCUUUUUAUAAAAUGUUUUAUCGAGAACACAUUGGGAGGGAUCUUAGACCAUUCCUCCAAACAGAACCCUUCCAGAUCCUUGAUAUCCUUUGGUAUGUGCUUAUGGACUGCCCUCUUCAAUUCAAACCACAGGUUUUCAAUGGGUUUUAAGUCCGGAGACUGAGAUGGCAUUGCAACAUUUUGAUUUUGUGGCCAAUUAACAAUUUCUUUGUGGAUUUUUAUGUGUUUGCGGUUAUUUUCUGGCUGAAAGAUGCACUUGCGGCUAGGUUUCAAGCCUCCUGGCAGAGGCAGCCAGGUUUUUGGCUAAAAUGUCCUGGUACUGGGUAAAGUUCAGCAGGUUGGCAUUUAUUGUCAUGAAUCUUGCCCUGGAGGCAGCUCUGCAGAGUGGUCACUAGCUAGCACAGCCACAAAGUCAUUAAAUCAGAUUUUAAACUUAACCUUAACUCUAACUUUAACCCCACUGCUAACCAUAAUGCCUAAACCUAACCUUAAAUUAAGACCAAAAAGCAACAACAACAAAAUACAUCUUGAAUUUUUACAAUAAUGGCCAAUUUUGACAUUGUAGCUGGCCCAGCUAGCGGAAAUCGCUCAGAUUCAUGACAAUAAACAUCAACCUGCUAAAGUUUAUGAUGCCGUUUACCUUAACAAGGGCCCCAGGACCAGUGGAAGCAAAAUACCCCCAUAACAUAAAAGAUCUACCACCAUAUUUUACAGUAGAUAUUUCUGCUCAUGCAUUCUCAUUUCGACGCCAAACUUACCACUGGUGUGUGUGGCCAAAGAGCUCUAUUUUCAUGUCAUCCAACAAAUGUAAGCCCCUGGUGUUUGCUAAACGGCAUUGGCACUUGGAUUGGAACCGGUGCUUUGGUCAGAUGACAUGAAAACAGAGAAACAGUGGAGGUCUUCUGGGGCCAGCAUGUCUUCUUUACUUUAAAGGCUCUUUACUCUGAAGACCGCCUCUCAGAUUUACUUCAAUGGAACAAGAGAACCAUUGUUUUUUGGGGUUGAUAAACUUAUCAAGGAUACAUAAGAGGCUAGACGAAAUUAUGAAUGAGACGAAUAUGAAUGAGACGUGACGGAUUCAAAAACAAAUCUGUCUUUCAAUUAUAGAUGAUGAAAUUGGUAUGAAAGGAUGUUCGGCUUCACAGUUCUACUCUAGCUGUGUCCCCAAGCCCCAAUACUGUAGACUGUGUUCUAACUCCACCAGUCACAACCUUCCCUCAACCCUCCCCCUCUCUGUCUCCCCUACUCCUUGAGCCCUCCCACCUCCCCCUUCACAACCUCACUUGUCUCUAAUUUACCACGGUAGCACUGUCUCUCUCUUCAUCCAACCUGUCAUCUGUUGUCAGUUGAAGGAAGAAAAAGGAGCUGGCUUCAAACGCCUCUCACGCUCUCUCACCUUCUCUCACGCUCUCUCACCCUCUCUCACCCUCUCUCCCCGUCUCUCACCCUUUGGCCUGCGGUCUUUAACUGCAGCUCAUAUUAGCCUUCAGAAGUCAAAAGACGACUUCACAGCUCUCACACACUCUCUCCAGCAAUCAUGCUUACAUGAGCUUGACUUAGAGCUGAGAUGGAUAUACUUGUCAGUGAGAGUCAUAGGGAAGAUGGGUCGAAUGCUGAAAGAUUGAAGUGAAUGCAUGUUGGUUUGAAAGCAAUAUCACUGACGGUGGACUAACAGCCAAAACAUUUGCUCUACACUUGUUGCCUCUUGAAUGAAGAGAUAAAGCAAAACAUGACUUUUAAACUCUCUUUUUGAGUGUGGACCCUCUAAUGCAUGUGAUGGUUUAAAAGUAAUCCAUCGUGUUGUUCUGUGUUUCAGCUCUUGUAUGAGGAGUGGGCGAGUUACAGUGUAUUUUACAAAUACCAGCCUAUCGGGCUAGUAAGGUGAGUUAAGGUUUCAUAUUCUGAAACUGAACUUGAAAGCUGAGAUUGCUCCGUUUUUCCUCAAUCUCUGUCUGAUUAAUGUCUGUUUAGAUUGAAACGUCACACUAUGUUUUAAUCUUUAUAUUUAAAAAAUGAACAGCGUGUUGUUCAUCAUGCAGGAAGUACUUUAUACAUAUUAUAUUAUAUUCUACUCUAUUCUAUUAUUUUCAAAAGCUGAGAUUGUUGUGUUCUUUCCAUGCAGGAAGUACUUUGGGGAGAAGAUAGGGCUGUACUUUGCGUGGCUGGGGCUGUACACCCAGAUGCUGAUUCCUGCUUCUCUAGUGGGAGUCAUCGUGUUCCUGUAUGGCUGUGCCACCGUAGACGACAACAUUCCCAGGUUAGCAACAUAAGGCCCCAUACACAGCUUGUCGCAAAACCAAGGAUAUAAUCAUUGGUUCUAGCCGACAGAAUCAUAGGGCAUGUCUAAGUGAGGUUACGAUUCACACAAUUCAUUCACUGUGUGUAAGGGGCCUAAGACCAUUGAAAUGAUUGAAGGAAACCAAAUGGAAAGCCCAUAAAGUGUCCUCCGGAGACAUAGCUCAAGUAGAGGUAUGACCUCACAUCCUAUUCAGACAUCCAAUUGAAUCACUUCAAAUAUUGUGGCAGACAGCUUUAGGCUGUAGAGUGGUUUACAGUGGGAUGGUAACACACAGUACAGAGGAACUGUGCCAUGGUAACUGACAACUGCACAACUUGAAGCCAGGCCAAAGAUAGAACAAACAGACAUUUAAACGGUUUGUAUUCAAUACUUAAUUAAGACAGAGGUUUAACAGUAUAUUUAUUAUGGUAAUUUAUAACAAACCGAUAAAUGAUUUAUAUCCAAUACUUUGAAAAUACACUGAAAUCCAUAAAUUCUGCGUUCAUUGUCAUCACCUUGAUUCCAGUUCAGAAUACCUGUCCUGCGCUGUAUCUCUGUCCCUACCUUCUGGCUCGUAACUAACAUCUUAAAUCACUUCACUUCCUGCCAACAUAAAUAAUGCAGUUUAAUAAAGUAUUGACAAGAUAGACCAGGUCACUUUCCUGCUGCCUGCUGCCUGCUGCUUUAAGCUUGGCAGUCCAGAACUAUAAAAAGGAAACAAGGAAAUGUGUUCCUCUACGGAGACAGAAUAGGUGAUUUCUAACGACCAACAUCUGGUUGAUGUAGAAUAGAUGACAAGGCGAGCUGAAGCUUCACCCCUGUCUAACGUCUCUCGUAACAGUCAGGAGAGUUCGACACACUCUGCUGUCUGUGUCUCAAUUCUCUGCCACUGGAGUUCACAAGAACUGAAUAUACUUGACUUAGCCUCGAGCUCCAGCGUUCUACUGUGUUGAGAGCCUGGCUCGUGAGACUAGACCUAACUAAACUACACAAUCCAGAUCCCUGACGUUAUUGUGUAAAUAUUUUCAUCAAUAGUCGCUUCAGCGAACUCUGAGAUUUAUUUGAAAGCACUGGGGUGGAGGGCAGGUGUACAUUCAGAAUUGUUACAAUUGUUUAUUCAAUACUCUGUAUAAUAUUAUAAUAUAUUAGAUCUAUAGAAGUCAAAAGUCCCUAUAACUUGCAAUGUUUCUCCUAGGAUUUUUUUCAGCAUUGGUGGAAAAGGUAGCAGGGAGGAGAGGGGGGGUUGUAGGCCGACUAUGAGAAGGUCACUUCUGGUGACUUUUUCUGGUGACUUAAAAAAAAAUACAUUCUACUCCAAAAUGCAUGAAAAUGUAAUUAUGUUGACACCAUCUGAAAUAUAACUAAUGCGUGCCACUGCACUGUGCAAAAAUUAUGAUGAGCCAACGGUGGCUGUGCACUCAUGGCUAUUUUAUUACUUACCCAGAGUAAAUACACUUACCCUCUAAAUACACCUCCGCUGUCUUCAACCAGGAUCUCAGCGAUCACUGCCUUAUUGCCUGCGUCCGUAACGGGUCCGCGGUCAAACGACCACCCCUCAUCACUGUCAAACGCUCCCAAAAACACUUCAGCGAGCAGGCCUUCCUAAUUGACCUGGCCCAGGUAUCCUGGAUGGAUAUCGAUCUCAUUCCGUCAGUAGAGGAUGCCUGGUUGUUUCCUCUCAAUCUUAAAUAGACAUGCCCCAUUCAAAAAAUACAGAACUAAGAACAGAUAUAGCCCCUGGUUCUCCUCAGACUUGACUGCCCUUGACCAGCACAAAAACAUCCUGUGGCGUACUGCAUUAGCAUCAAAUAGCCCCCGCGAUAUGCAACUUUUCAGGGAAGUUAGGAACCAAUAUACACAAGCAGUUAGGAAAGCAAAGGCUAACUUUUUCAAACAGAAAUUUGCAUCCUGUAGCACUAACUCCAAAAAGUUUUGGGACACUGUAAAGUGUAAAUCUACAAUAGUCGAGAAUUUCAACAAGCAUUUUGCUACGGCUGGCCAUGCUUUCCACCUGGCUACCACUACCCCGGCCACCAGCUCUGCACCCUCCGCUGCAACUUGCCCAUGCCCCCCCCGCUUCUCCUUCACACAAAUCCAGACAGCUGAUGUUCUAAAAGAGCUGCAAAAUCUGGACCCCUACAAAUCAUCUGGGCUAGACAAUCUGGACCCUUUCUUUCUAAAACUAGCCGCCGAAAUUGUCGCAACCCCUAUUACUAGCCUGUUCAACCUCUCUUUCGUAACGUCUGAGAUCCCCAGAGAUUGGAAAGCUGCCGCGGUCAUCCCCCUCUUCAAAGGGGGUGACACUCUAGAUCCAAACUGUUACAGACCCAUAUCCAUCCUGCCCUGCCUUUCAAAAGUUUUUGAAAGCCAAGUCAACAAACAGAUCACCGACCAUUUCGAAUCCCACCGUACCUUCUCCGCUAUGCAAUUCCGGUUUCCGAGCUGGUCAUGGGUGCACUUCAGCCACCGCUCAAGGUCCUAAACGAUAUUAUAACCGCGAUCGAUAAUAGACAGUACUGUGCAGACGUUUUCAUUGACCUGGCCAAGGGCUUUCGACUCUGUCAACCACCGCAAUUCUUAUUGGCAGACUAAAUAGCCUUGGUUUCUCAAAUGACUGCCUCGCCUGGUUCACCAACUACUUCUCAGAUACAUUCCUCAACACUGCAUAAACAAUAUGUAUGGCUUUGUAAAAAUGAACAACCAUAUUCUGGCCAAUUGUAUAGAUUUGUAAAUAUGAACAACCAUAUUCUGGCCAAUUGUAUAGAUUUGUAAAAAUGAACAUGAACAGAUUUUUUAUUUUUUUGAAUGGCAGUACCUUUCAAACAUGUCUGCUUGCAGUAAGGUAACACUCACAAGGUGGCCAGAGAAAGAGAACCUUUCUUUGGUGUGAUCCAGGAUGGUGUUGCAGACCUCUUCAGACAGCCUCUGCUUCUCCUCUUCUCUCAAAGCUGUUCUGGGUCUUUUGGCUCCUGUUGCUUCUUGCAGCUGCUGUUGAGAGGAGUCCCUGAAGGCAAACAGACCAAUGUGUUUGUUGGCUUUGUACAGUAUUGUUGUCUAUGUGAUGCACAGGUAUAUGCAAUGUAUCCAUGUAUAGUACAAAUACUUCAGUUCCACUUAAAAUGGGCAGGGAUGCAUAAAGUCUUUAGUGUUUAAGUUAGCCUUUGUGUCUCACAUAGCCUGGAUGUUCAGCACAGUAUACAGUGGUGCUCAUAAGCUUAUGAUCCCAUGCUAAAGUUGACUAAAAAGAGGAAUAAAAAAGAAAAGAAAAUUGGUGUCCUUAAAGGUUGGAUUUUCCAACUUUUUUAAUUAAGUCAUUAAGAUCAAUUUCCAAAAGAUGAUUUUUUUAUUUUUUUAUUCCUCUUUUUAGUCAGCUUUAGAAUGUGUUCAUACACUUAUGAGCACCACUGUACAGUACACAUAGUAUAUAAAAUAAGAUAGAUUACACCACUGGCCAUAUAUAAUGACAAUAAUGUAAUUUCAAACACAAAUGCAGUCUCCUUUCAUGCAUACAUUUUCAAAUAAAGCUCUGCUUUGAGAAAGAUCGAAUGAUAUUGUUUAAUCUUUAUCUUACCUUAUGGCCUGCACACUGCUUGCGAAGCUGUCGAGGGCACGUUUGAUAAAGACAGCAUCGAUGUCCUUAUUCUGUAGCUUCUGGUACGGUGGGCUGGUCAAAUGAACCCAAUGAACCCGUCCGGAUGGCUUCAAAACAUUCUAUGAGGUCGUCUCGAUUCUCGUAGACAGUGUUCACGACUCUGCUGUUGCUAACCUCAUCGUUGUGGCGGCGGACAGCUAGCCUGUAUCCCUCAUCCAGUUGAGUGGCAAUAUUCACUCUCACCAAAGCAGACAAUCUCAAACAGCUAUCAAUGUGGGUCUUUGACAGCUCAUUUUUCUUAAUCUUUUCUGAAAGAUGGUGCAUGUCGGUUACACCAGUCGCUGUCCAAGCGUUGCUGUCUGCCGUUCAUGGUUACGUUACGUUACGUAUGACGAAAGCGCGUAAGUGCAAGCCCUCAGACACCCAUAGAGAAUGUAUUGAAAGCUCAGAAAUUUGAAAAAAAAAUAUUUUACAUUAGAGGCUAUGAGAGACUUCUGGGCGAUUUUCAACCUGACUGAAAUCGCCCCAAAACGGGCGGGGACAUUUGAAGCACGACUUUAGCCUGAUUGGACAUUUAGUGGCUGGCAGAUCAGACGUGAACACUGAACUACUGUUGCCAUGAUAUAAUUGAUUAGAAAAAAAAUCCCUUCCUUUUCCCGUUUGGCAGUGCGUCGCCCAUAUCGCCCUAUUGAACACACCGCCCAUGCUUCUCAGAUAGAGUUCAAUGUGUCAAAUCGGAGGGCCUGUUGUCUGGACCUAUGGCAGUCUCUAUGGGGGUGCCACAGGGUUCAAUUCUUGGGCCGACUCUUUUCUCUGUGUAUAUCAAUGACGUCGCUCUUGCUGCUGGUGACUCUCAGAUCCACCUCUACGCAGAUGACACCAUUUUGUAUACAUCUGGCCCUUCAUUGGACACUGUGUUAACAAACCUCCAAACGAGCUUCAAUUCCAUACAACACUCCUUCAGUAGCCUCCAACUGCUCUUAAACACUAGUAAAACUAAAUGCAUGCUCUUCAACCGAACGCUGCUUGCACCCGCCCACCCGACUAGAAUCACUACUCUCGACGGGUCUGACCUAGAGUAUGUGGACAACUACAAAUAUCUAGGUGUCUGGUUAGACUGUAAACUCUCCUUCCAGACUCACAUUAAGAAUCUCCAAUCCAAAGUUAAAUCUAGAAUCGGUUUCCUAUUUCGCAACAAAGCCUCCUUCACUCAUGCUGCCAAACAUGCCCUCGUAAAACUGACUAUCCUACCGAUCCUUGACUUCGGCGAUGUCAUUUACAAAAUAGCCUCCAACACUCUACUCAGCAAAUUGGAUGUAGUCUAGCACAGUGCCAUCCGUUUUGUCUCCAAAGCCCCAUAUAAUACCCACCGCUCUUGUUGGCUGGUCCUCACUACAUAUUCGUCGCCAAACCCACUGGCUCCAGGCCAUCUAUAAAUCACUGCUAGGCAAAUCCCCGCCUUAUCUUAGCUCAUUGGUCACCAUAGCAACACCCACCUGUAGUCUGCGCUCCAGCGGGUAUAUCUCACUGGUCAUCCCCAAAGCCAACACCUCCUUUGGCCGCAAUUCCUUCCAGUUCUCUGCUGCCAAUGACUGGAACAAAUUGCAAAAAUCUCUGAAGCUGGAGACACUUAUCUCCCUCACUAACUUUAAGCAUCAGUUGUCAGAGCACCUUACCGAUCACUGCACCUGUACACAGCCCAUCUGAAAUUAGCCCGCCCAACUACCUCAUCCCUAUAUUGUUAUUUAUUUUGCUCAUUUGUACCCCAGUAUCUCUAUUUGCACAUCAUCUCUUGCACAUCUAUCAUUCCAGUGUUAAUACUAAUUGUAAUUAUUUUGCACUAUAGCCUAUUUUAUUGCCUUACCUCCAUAACUUGCUAACUUUGCACACACUGUAUAUGAUAUGUAUUUCUGUUGUAUUUUUGACUUUGUUUUGUUUUACCCCAUAUGUAACUCUGUGUUGUUGUUUUUAUCGCACUGCUUUGCUUUAUCUUGGCCAGGUCGCAGUUGUAAAUGAGAACUUGUUCUCAACUGGUUUACCUGGUUAAAUAAAGGUGAAAUAAAAAAAAUAAAAAAAAUAAAAAUAUGAACUCAUGGAGACCAUUUGUUUGUGUCUGCGUGCAGUUUGAAGGAAGUUAAAGGUAGUUUUCGAGAGCCAUUGCUAACUAACACUAGCGCAAUGACUGGAAGUCUACAGGAACAGCUAACAGCUGUUCCCAUAGACUUCCAGUCAUUGCGCUAAUGCUAGUUAGUAAUUGCACUAAUGCUAGUUAGCUACUUCCUUUGAACUGCAUGUAGAGACAUAAACGGUAUCCAUGGGUAUCCAUUCUGGGGAAAUAGAAAAAGGGAUUCAUUGCUAAAAUCUCGCACUAUCCCUUUAAAAGAGCGUCUCGGCAGAAAUACAGUAUAUAUAUAAAAAUAAAUAACAAUUAAAAUAAUGUUUGUGGGGGGUGGCGGCAACGAUUUAGCAGUGAAAGAAUAUAGGGGAAACACUGGCUUAACAGGCUGGCCUAAUAACAUCCACUGGUGGUAAUGAGAUAAAGAGGGCUGACUGUUUGUCUCCCUCUACAUCUCCCUCCCACCAUCUCUACAGCAUGGAGAUAUGCCACCCCAGGAACAACAUCACCAUGUGCCCGCUGUGUGACAGAGCCUGUAGCUACUGGAAACUGAAGGAAGCCUGCGGGACGGCCCGGGCCAGCCACCUAUUUGACAACCCUGCCACUGUCUUCUUCUCCAUCUUCAUGGCCCUCUGGGGUAAGAGGCUGAGGCUUGUCGACACAACAUAACAGAACAGCACAACUUUAUUUAUGUAUUUCUAUGAUUUAUUUAACGGGGAUAAUACUCAAUAAUCAACAACUCAGAUGGUACUGUGAAGCCCAGCGAUAGACUAGCAUCCUGUCCAUGGGGUGUACUUGUACAUCAAGAUGCCUCACACUACAAAAACAGGAAAUAGGCUCCUGACCUAUGGGCCGUUCUGGCUUGGACAAGGCUUAUUUCAGAUGAUACUAAUGUAACAGUGCCGGAUUUAACUAGACAGCUAAUUUUUAUCCGUAGUCCACACAACAGAAUUGCACAACCGUCUCAACUUUAGUAAUAAUAACAAUAUUAAUGAUAUAUGUCACUUAGCAGACGUGUUUAUCCAAAGUGUUUGAAUAUGGAGAGUUUUAUGCUUAUAGGGCACAGUUAGACAGACCAUUUCCUCUGUACACAUCCCACCUGCGACUAACAGUACAAUGCAUACGUUUUUAGCGCGUGUAUGUGAUCCCUGCAGGAAGUGAACCUACGGCCUUGGCAUUGGUAGCGACUGAGCCACACAUGACUUCUCCAAACAAUAGGACUAACUCCUCUCACUCAUUCUCUCUGCUCUCUCUCAGCUCCAUCUAUUUUGUUCUUCCAGAUGUUUAGUCUCCCAGUUGUCCUCUUUCUUUCCUCUGUUCAUUUCCGACCAUCUGCAUCCACUAUUCUCUCUUUCUUUUCUCUCGUUCUGGCUCUCUCCUCUACUCUUUCUCUCAUUCUGUCUCUCUCCUCCAUCACUGUCCAAGAAGCACUAAGCCGUGUAGACUAGACUGUACAGUGUCUUACUAUGUGGAUUAAACCACGUUCCCUUUAAAAAUGGGCUUUUUUUGUGGUGCAUUCCUAUGCUCUGUUCAGUGUCACAGUAAGGCUGGGCCUGCGAGGCCUGAGACUGAAGGCAGGAAGCCAUAGACUGGAGCACUAUAUGAGGGCACGGGUUCAGCCCUGGGAUUUAUUUGCGGUUUAAUGUGUGUGCGUGUGUGUGUGUGUGUGUUAUUUUCCCUACUGGACGUUAUCAUCUGGUAGUGAUAUGAUAGGCGUGGAUGAGGCAUUAUAGUAUACAGUUCAAGUGUUACAGUAUGUUGUGUCAUUGUUAUGCAACUAGUGAAAGAGUGAUGCAACUGGCGUCCCUCACUGUUGGAAGCAGGAAGUAGUGUAUUACUGGAUCUACUUGGAUAGAACAUAUUGUUCUCAAAGGACAUGGAAAACAAUUAACCAAAUACAACAUCCUCAUGCAUUUAGUUAUUCUACUGGGUCAUAUUCAAAUCUGACGAUUACUUUUUGCAAACUCACAAAAUUGCAAACUCCUCACCUGUACAUCUCAGGGUCUCUAGUUUUAGUAGAACAACUUAGUGUGUGAAAUAUGGAGGAUUAAAGCUGCCAUUAUAAAGGCCUUUUCAGACCACUGAAGUAAAUAAAUGAGACAUAUUUUUUGAUAAAUGUCUGUAUGCCCUCCCUGCCUCUGUUGUCUGAGUCAAUAUUGUGACCAGAAAUUAUGUUUUGGUUAUCCACAAAUGUACAUACCAGCAUCCCUAAUGUAGUCAGAUACCUGUAUAUGUUGUCAUACUCCACAUAGGGCUUAUUUUUUCAUUCAAUCACUCAACGUCAACACUAUGGGAAACAGUAUAGUAGUGAUGUCACCUUCAUCCAGUCUCACUCAUCCAGUCUCACUCAUCCAGUCUCGCUCAUCCAGUCUCGUUUAUCCACUCUUGCCAAUACGCUUUCAUGGAUGAACAUUAUAUGGAUGAAAUGUAGAACAUGUUAUCGCCCCCAGGUGCCUGUCUGCAUAUAGACUGCCACCGCCCUUGCUUUCCCACUAGACUAGAAAAUACCUACCUUCAAUCAAUGUCACUUCCACACUAAAUUCAUUGAAUUAGCGACACAUUUAGCCCCUCAUCCCUUGCACGUGGCAAUUGAUCAUUUUGCUCAUUAUACAUGUAAUAAUUGAUCACUGCAAUCUUAAUUUUAGAACCUUUAUUAUACCACACACAUUAUCAUUCUGGUCUGGCUGAGGAACCAUAAUUGGACUGCCAGGGUCACUGAUAAUAACUAAUAGAAUAUAUAAUAUAUGCCAUUUAGCAGACACUUUCAUCCAAAACAACUUACAGUCAUGUAUGCAUAAAUUUAAUAUAUGGGUGGCCCCGGGAAUCGAACCCACAACCCUGCCGGUGCAAGCACCAUGCUCUACCAACUGAGCUAUACAGGACUCAUAGCCACAAAACGUUCCGCAUAAUCUACCCAAUGUUGAAAAAACGACAGAAUAAAAAUGAAUGCUUUAUGGAGAUAGAAUUACUGUAAAUUUGCACGAAACUGUACAGUCUGGGAUUUGAAAAACAUCAAAACAGCAGCCCCAUCACUUUUUUUGGUAUACAGCUGAGGGAUGAGGCUUUGGACAUGUAACCCUUCUCAAAUUCAUAGACAGCACUCUAGAUGCAAGGACUGACAAUCUUGUUGAUAUUGUGGAUUAUGUUCUUCAUGCAUUCAAGGGGCUCUUAGCGUAACUCUUAACCGUGUUGUGUUUCUGCAGCUGCCAUGUUCAUGGAGCACUGGAAGAGAAGACAGAUGCGUCUCAACUAUGAAUGGGAUCUAACAGGCUUUGAGGAGGAGGAGGUGAGUGCUCUCCAGUUAGUCUAGCAUUUCACUACUAUUUGUUUGUGAAUGGGAGCACCAUACUGUAGACCAGGGCUGUCCAACCCUGUUCCUGGAGAGCUACCCUCCUGUAGGUUUUCACUCCAACCCCAGUUGUAACCGACCUGAUUCAGCUUUUCAACCAGCUAAUUAUUAGAAUCAGGUGUGCUAGAUGAGGGUUGGAGUGAAAACCUACAGGAUGGUAGCUCUCGAGGAACAGGGUUGGAGAGUCCUGCUAUAGACUGACCAAAUAACGCAGUGAGUUUGUUUCAAAAUACUGUUAUUACUGCCCAGUAAUAUUUUCUCCACAUAAUAGUUCAUUAUUCAUAAUUCCAUCACUAGCCAUAGAAAACUGAAUAGAAGAGAAAAUGCAAUAUAACUAUAUUUCAGUUGUCUUGUCAGUGUUGUUUUAUUUGGAGACAAUAAUAACUGGCACAAUAGACCAUGACAGACAUUUUUGUCUUCAAGUCCAUUUUUCAAAAAGAUUUCAAGGUUGAGAGAUUUUUGUAACUCUCUUGUCCUCCUCUUUCCCCCGUGGGUACCUACAGGAAGAGCUGAAGGUUUGGAACAUUUCAUUUUACACAAAUAUCCUUUCCCCCCUCGAUCACCAUCUGGCUUUGCUACCCCCACACUGGCUCUUCUUCUUCAGACUGUCCACGGACACCUUCACGCCCUCCUAAAGCACCCACAAACUACCACUACCCAUUGAACCACCACUCCUUCUCUGAAUGCCAGCUAGGGUUGCAAAAUUCUGCUAACUUCCAACUGGGGUUGCUGUAUAAAACCUGGGAAUUUUACAACCUUAAUGGCCACUGCUUCUGGCCUGCUUACAGCACCUGAAACAUCCUGUCUCCUCUGAGUCGGAUGCCAGGUCCAGCUCACCAGCUCACAAUCUCCUGGCCUAGCCAGUCCUCUCUCGGUCUCCCUGACCUGUCUCCUCUGCAAAGAUCCAUGCUGCUCGAGACCAGCAGCAACUGCAGCCUUUGUGAAAAUGUUCUACCCAUCUCAGUAGAAAUAGGUAGAACCUGACUGGGGAACAGCAACUGUAGUCUUUGAAAAUCUUCUACCUACUCUGUACUGUAGAACUUGACUUGACUUUAUAACCUCACCUCAACACCAAGUUUGUUGUCCCCAGUUGGACGGACAGUGACAUCCUUAACAGCUGUAUUAAAUUCUGCAUCUGAUGGGAGUAUUUUAUGGGUCCCAGUCAGUCCCCAUACAGUGUUAAGUGCCUCUGCCUCUAUUACAUCCUUAGGACCACCCACGAGCUGAGUACGAGUUCCGCGUCAUGCAGAAGUCCCUGAAGAAAGAACACAAGACACAGAAGGUACUGAUUGCUUAUUCCUGGGUCUUUAGCUAGCGAACCAUUUAGAUUUUAUGCUGCUGGUUUGGUUUUUGACUGUCAUCCAACUUCUUUUGUAAUUUGCUUCGCAGUCUCUUCUUGACUCAUGUUUGGAAAAGUGUUUGCCUCUUACACAAUGAUUCAUCCUCUGCUGUGGUAGAUUGAUGUGACACUCGUAGCACACAGGUCUUAAAAGACUGCAGUGAGAUUGUAUGUCUUAUAGCAGUCUUUACGCCUUUACAUGACUAGCGUGUGUUUUGUCUUGUCUUCUUAUACCUCUUUGUCUUGUGGGUUGCUGUGUUUGUGUCCUCUGACUGUAUGAAGCCUACAGAGAUAGCAGAAGAACCCACAAACAAAUGGAAGCAAACAGUUCAAUCUGCCAUGGCUGGGCUUAAACUGGUACUUUUAGUGUCCUCGCCUCCCCCCACACCUAUCCCACACACACACUGUACUAUCCUGUCCAAGACAAGCCCAAUCAUCUCAUACAUACACUUGGGUUGGGUCCACAGACAACACACAUACACACACACUAUUAACUGAAAUGGGCCAAAUGGAGGUGUGUGUGGACUCCUCACACACCUCCGUUUGGCCUAUUUCAAUGAAUAGAGAGAAACUGCUCUUUUGUCUGUGAAGCAUGUUGAUUGAUGACUGCACAUUUUCACAACAAUUCCCGAAUAAAGUACAAAUGGCGUAUAAGUGUUAUAGUAAGAUGUGACUUGACGUCUCUGUCCAUUUGACCUAAACAGCUCCCUCACUAAGACCCCCCCCCCCCCCCCCCCCACACACACACACACAUGCACUUUCUCUCUCACACACACACAUGCGCAUGCAUGCACACACACACACAAACUCACAAACUCAUGCACAUACACACACUCUGUCACCGUCUGUCAGAACCAGUGCACGUUCUCACUUUCUUCUUUCUUGACUUUCUUGUUCUUUGAUUGGUUGUUGUUCUUUUCUGUGUAACUUGAAUCUGAAUUCUCCAUAGUGAUAGUGCUUGGAUCGCCAUAGUGAUAGUGCCUGGUGUUUGGUGCAUGUUGUAAUGUUCUGGUAAUGAGAUUGAGACUGUAUGGUUUGUUUUCUUGUAAUUCCAUAGACAGCAUGUUAGCCUGUUCUGUUCCAAAAUGGCUGCUGGAAGGUGCUGACCUCUUCAUUGACUUGGCUCCGUCUAAAAUGGCACCCCAUUCCAUGUAUUGUGCAAUACUGUUGACCGAUGCCAUAGGGCUUGUUACAGGGCUCUGGUCGAAAGUAGUGCACUAUAUAGGGAAUAGGGUGCCACUUCAGACACAAUCAUGUUCUGACUGAGAUUUGCUGCAUAAAGAAUGGAAUGAUGAGAAUGAUGAAUGACUAAAUGCUUGAAAUAUAGUGAAUAAACUGUUGGAACACAGUCGUCUUGACUUCCAGGCUUGAAUAAUUCAGUGUGAAACGUUUAUUUCUGUGUAAUGGUUUGUCAGCAUCAAAACACCAGCUUUUCGCCUCUCCAUCCAUCGCUGUUUGGAUUCUUCUGCUGACUGGUUAUGUUAUUUUCCACAUACAAACAGUAACAGUACACUUGGCUAGACCUCUAUAGAUCUUAAUAUUUUAUCCCUUCUUUUAGACUGAAAAAGAAAAGCUAACGUGCAGAGACCGGUUACCAGCAUACAUGAUCAACAUAGUCAUGAUGCUCCUGAUGGUGAGUCCAACACACUUAGCAAAGCACAACUGCCAAGAGGCAUUUAAGAUCGAACCACAUGCAUUGUAAAGACUUCUAAUACUGUACAUUGUUCAUCAAAUAAAGAGUCGAUUGAAGCACUUGUGCGUAAAAAAUGACGUCAUUUUGAAUAUUGAAUAGCUUCCUGUGUGUUUAUGCUAUAGACUUAACGUUUUUUGUAGUGGCUGCAGCCCUCUUUCCGCCGAUAUAAAGUUUGUGCCUAUUCCAUAACAUUGGGCUUGUGAAAGCGGUAUUUUUCUACACAUGAGAGGUUCCGGACAAGAAAAUCGUCCGUAAAACCUGAACGUUUGAGCUACAAACUAAUAAGUCACCGCCAUUGACAGAUGCGACUCAUGAAUACGACAUGGUCGGUGGUUUGGCUCUACUACAUCCAAAAGCUUGACGGCAGUCAUCUGAACACUCGUUGUGGACGUCCUCGUUUCGAAUAGGUUUUCUCACAAAACCGACUCUCCAGACCGAACCGUUGGAGCUACAAACUAAUAUGUCACUAAUAUCGAAAGGGGAGACUCUCACGAAGGUGUCGGCUUCAGGGGAGUCGUCUGAAGGUAACCCAGUAUCUGGCUAUAAAAAUGGCAAAAAGUGCAUAGGGGGUCAAAUGUAAACAUGGGUCUAAACAUUUUUCCCCCUGCGUUUUCUUAUAUAUCUCAGAUAUAGGACAGACACUUUGAAACCUUAUUCCUUAUGAUUUAUUUUUUGACUGUCUGUUUUGCCACGCAUUAAAUGUGUUAUUCAAUGCGUUUCUAUGGGCUAUAGCAGUAAAGGCCAAAUUCAAUGUUUCAUCAAAUAUUUUUCGUAUACAUCUUUUUUUAGACCUACAGGGGUCCUACUAUUCUAAAUCAAAUGGAUAAAUUAUACAUUUUAUUACCAUAUUAAAACAAUUCCAUAUAUUAGCUUAGUAGAUACUGUGAUCUAAGGGCUUAGACCUACAAUUCCUAAACAGUGUGACAGAUGAUACUGUACAUAAGCGUUUGACGGUAUGCUGGAACAGAUUCUCGAAACCAAACCUACCAGUAUUGACGUUGUUGGGAGGCCUUAUCCCUGUCUCCUCUUCCCAGAUCGGGGUGACGUUUGCCAUAGUGUUCGGGGUCAUCCUCUACCGGAUCUCCACCAAGGCAGCGCUGCACAUGAGCAACAACCCCACGACGCGGUCCAACGUCCGUCUGACGGUCAAAACCACUGCCGCAAUCAUCAACCUAGUGGUCAUUCUGAUCCUGGAUGAGGUCUACGGAGCCGUCGCCCGCUGGCUCACCGUCCUCGGUAGGUCUGACAACUUGUACAGAAGUAGUGCAUGUACAUCCAGUAACUCGCAAGUAGAGUACAUGGUAUACAAAAUCAAGUCAUGGAAGAAAGAUAGAUACCCUGUCUUUGCAUGUCCUUGGGACGUCAGCCUGACAACCUAAUUCCAAAACUGUAAUAAUAAUACAUGGAUAUAGCACUUUUAAUGUGCUUUUAAAGACUGUUCCUAACUUAGCUAUCAACAAGGCUUUUUGGGUUCUAUUUAUCAGUGUCCUAGGUCAGUCUGACAACUUGUUAGAAAAAUUCCUAGGGCAAGACCCAUUUACAGAAAGUAAAGUGUGUAUUUUUGUGCAUUUUGCAUUGACAGUCUGCCAACUUCCCUAUUAGCUGUAAAUCACCACUAGCAAGGCUUUUGGGGGCCAUUUCUAACAACAUGCCAAUGUACUGCAUCACUGUACAACCCUACCUUUUCAACUGAAAAUAGCUCCAAAAUGUAUUUGCAUCUAAGUGACAACAAACGUACAGUCAUUUGGUGUACUGAAUGCAGUGUAAUUUCCUAAUCGAUCAAAUGUAUUUGUAAAGCCCUUUUUACAUUAGCAGAUGUCACAAAGUGCUUAUACAGAACACUCUAACACUCCUCUUUCUCUAUAGGCCUUGUACAGAUCCUACUAUUCUCUUUCAAGUCAUGUCUCCAGCAGCAAUGGCCUUAUAAGUUAUUGAAUAACUACUGUCUGUUUUCUCAGAGGUCCCAAAGACAGACAAGAGCUUUGAGGAGAGGUUGAUAUUCAAAACGUUCAUCCUGAAGUUUGUGAAUGCCUUUACUCCCAUCAUAUAUAUAGCAUUCUUCAGAGGCAGGUGAGUCCCCGCAGUUUCUUUCUCUACUCUCAAUUGUUCUGUAUGAGCUUAUGUUAUGUUAUGCUAUGCUAUUCUGCUAUGCUAUGCAUGCUAUACUAUGUUAUGUCAUGUCAUGUUAUGUUAUGCUAUUUUAAUGACACAAUCUGUCAGUGAGAGGUAGUAGGGUUUCUCUCAGUGUUGUCUCUCCCAACUUCCUUCAUUAUGUCUCCUCAUACAGGCUUGUUGGACGACCUGGAAGUUAUCUUUAUGUGUUUGAGUCGUACCGCAUGGAAGAGGUUAAAAACUUUUACUAUAAUACCUCCUCUUAGUCUCUGAGAACUUUUUUUUUGUUAAAGAUUUUUGUUAAAGAUUUAUCUAAGACAGUAAAGGAAGGAAAAAAAUAAUUAAUUAUUUGCCAUGUUAUACAGGUAUAUUUAAUUUUCAUUAAUUUCAUCACAUUGCAUAAUGAAGUAUAAUGUUAUUAAGAGCAGAUGGCUACGAAUUAAACACUGUUAGUUAACAUAGGAACAUAAAUUCGGAGUUCACAUAUUCAAAAUAAAUCUGUAUAAUUCAAGUGCUGCCCUCUUCAAGCUGUCAAUCAAAACGCUAAAACAGUGUUAGGCUGGGAUUCAAUCAAAAAUAGAUAAACGACUUGUGCACUACGAUUGUCUCUCUUGAGCCGAUACGCAACGUUUACAGUGAACUUCGGUCUCUGUGAAUGUCAGGGAAAUUGCCUUUAAAAGUGUAUUGCUGUGAGGAAGUCUUAAAUCUGGGUUGGAUUGAAUCCCAUCCUUAGUAUUUGUCUUUUAUCAUGUUAGUCUUUCUAUAAUGGAAGUGUGGGACAGUACGGAAGUAUUUAACUAGUGUUUUUUUUCUCUGCAGUGUGCUCAUGGAGGAUGUCUGAUGGAGUUGUGUAUUCAGCUCAGUAUCACCAUGUUGGGAAAGCAACUCAUCCAGAACAAUUUAUUUGAGAUCGGCAUCCCGUGAGUACACACACACACGCGCACACGCCAGCCUCAUCACACACACUACAAAACAAAGUCUGCAUAUCAAGGAUGCAAAUGCCAGUCCCAUAAGUCGUUUUCUAUGCUGAUAUGAUCCCAAAUCAUGACUGUGUUCCUGUCCCUGUCCCUGACUGUGACUAUGUUCCUGUGCCACUGCCUGCCUUUGGCUCUGACUGUAACUGUGUCGCUGUCUGUAACUGUGUCGCUGUCUGUAACUGUGUCGCUGUCUGUAACUGUGUCGCUGUCUGUAACUGUGUCGCUGUCUGUAACUGUGUCGCUGUCUGUAACUGUGUCCCUGUCUGUAACUUUGUCGCUGUCUGUAACUGUGUCGCUGUCUGUAACUGUGUCGCUGUCUGUAACUGUGUCGCUGUCUGUAACUGUGUCGCUGUCUGUAACUGUGUCGCUGUCUGUAACUGUGUCGCUGUCUGUAACUGUGUCGCUGUCUGUAACUGUGUCCCUGUCUGUAACUGUGUCCCUGUCUGUAACUGCGCUAUAUACUGUAUGGCGUCUUAUAAUUGUGUUCCAUUGUGUGCAGGAAGCUGAAGAAGUUGAUAAGGUACAUCAAGUCUAAGAGAAGGUCCUUCCAGGAAGAGGAGAGGGAGAAGAAGUUGCAGCGCUAUGAGACAGACCACUUCCUAGAGCCCUUCGCAGGCCUCACGCCAGAGUACAUGGAGAUGAGUGAGUCUGCUUUCUCUGCUUUGUGUGUUCAGUUUGUUCCAUUUUUCAUUCACCUUGGUUUGAAAGCGAGGUAACAACAGCAUUUAUUUUUCUCCUGUAUGUUCCAAUUGAGUUGUGAGGGAAUUGUUUCCUGACCUCUAGGUGUGGUUAAACCAAACCCAGUCUGCUGCUGCACUGUGACCCGGUACAUGUUUUUAGUAUGGCAGAUAUUUCACACUACACAACUCUGCCAUGGCAAUUCAACUGGGCAAUGGUCAGAAAUAGACUCAACUGUGAAGCAAGUUCCAUUCCCAUGUUGAAUUUUAUCACAUACUAGUGGUACACUCUUAGAAAAAAGUGUUCCAAAAGGGUUUUUUUCGGUUGUCCCCAUAGGAUAAAUGUUUUUGGUUCCACGUAGAACCCUUCUUGGUUCCAGGUAGAACUCUUUUGAGUUCCAUGUAGAACCCUCUGGGGAAAGGGUUCUACAUAGAACCCAAUAGAGUUCUACCUGGAACCAGAAAGGGUUCUUCAAAGUGUUAUCCUAAGGGGACAACCGGAGAACACUUUUAUGUUCUUUUUUCUAAGAGUGUAGGACAAUAUCACUGUAAUGCUUUGAUACAUGUUAUCCUCAAAGGUGAUAACAUGUGAAGGAACACUGGUAGCGCAAUCCACAAGCUGGUUAGUUGGCACCUUCGUUCAAAGUGUCACAACAGGUGGAAGAAGGUCCCUUUCAAGGUCAGCGGAAUGGUAGCAUUCUAGGUAGACUAUUUUGCAGUCGCAUAACAGAUCUCAUAGCACCUGGAUAGGUGUUUAACAACUCAGCUAAUCACAUCAUAUGAUAUAGCAAUCUCAUGCCCGGGUUCCCGACUGAGCAGUCGAUGACGUGCCACACAGCCCUUUGGUUGAUGCGUGCAGUGUGACUGCAAUGUAUUCGGCCUGGAACACUGUCAUGUCAACAGGAAGUGACACAGUAAAAGUUGUGGAAACUGUGAGGACAGGGGUCUCUACUUAGUCAUUUCUGGUUUAUUUCUGUUGGCCGGAGGACCAGUGAGACACUGUGAUGAAUAAAACAAACAGCCUUGUUUUUGUUGUUAUGGAGAUCUUUAGAUGUAACCCCUGUCGUGAGAGAAUUUUGAUAGGCCUUCAUGUUGGUUGAGAAACGAGAGUCAAUUAAUUGCAUCAAACAAGCAAAGCUUUUUAGACUGUCACUGUACUGAUUUUGGCCCCAGCUUCAAACCGGCAGAUGUGAAUAGAUUGAUUAAAGAAUUAGAUGGAGAUGGCUUUUAUUUUGUAUUGACUUGAAUCCUGAUGAAACCUCAGGUGGCUGGCUUUAGCAAAUGUCAAAGAUGGACACAAUUAAUGGAUGAGAGAUCCACAGGCCUUUUUCCUCAGCUAGUUAAUUGGAGCCCCUGUCUUCUGAUGAGCUAGUAGAAUAUAUUUAUGACUUAAAUAUUUAACAGGGUAUUGGAUAAUGUGUUGCAAAGGCUGUAUGGGAAAAAAAGAUUUGGGGGAUAUGAUCUCGAGUUUUUUAAAUUAUUCAAAUUCUGUAUUUGUGUUUACUACUAUUGUAAAGUAACAUUGAUUGAGUAGAAUAUAGAGGAUUUAAGACAACAACAUAAUUGUUCCUGCGCUGUAACUAUGGACGUUUUAGAUUAAUUUACAGUACUCAAAAAAAGCUAUGUUCAAGUUUAAAGUUGUGUGCAGUGAAAUGUCUUUCUUUCAAUCUCUAAACCCCAAAAUGCGGUAAUCAAUAACAAUGUAAUACAAAAAAUAACAUAAGGUAGAACAAAAACACACAAGAAAGUAAGUAAGCAUACUAUAUACAGGGUCAGUCAGUUCCAGUACCGUAUUUACAGUACAAGGAUACUGGAAGCAUACUGGAGUGAUAGAGGUCGAUAUGUUUAGGGGUAAGGUGACUAGGCAUCAGGAUAUAUGAUAAACAGAGUAGCAGUAGCGUAUAUAAUGGUUGUAUGUGAGUGGGUGUGCGUGUGUGUAGAGUCACUAUAAAUGUACGUGCAUGUUCAAAACAAGAAGAACUGCAGCAGCAACAUAUCAAAAGAAACAUACUUCCUCAUUGUGUGGGAGUUAGACAAAUAUUGUUUUUAUUCAUCCUGGAAACCCGUUACCGUUUUUUAAUUGAAUUGCUCCUAAGCCAAGCACAUAGCUAAUUGAAUGAAUGACUUCCUUGCUCUGUACCAAACCUACACCCUGGGCCUUCUCCACCACGACAGACAGCAGUGUUUUAUGCAGAUCCUCCUGUUGGCGCACACCUCUGCCAGAUCCUCCAUCAGGCUCUUUUCACCGUGACAUGUCGUUUGUCUUCUGUCCGGUAGUUUACUCAACAUGGCCCUGGUCCAUGGCCCCCAUCUCGCUUUGCCUGUCUUCUUCUCUCUCUUUCUCUUUCUCUCUCUCAACUGUCUCGAAUGCUCCAUCUCUCUCUCUCUCUCUCUCUCUCUCUCUCUCUCUCUCUCUCUCCUCUCCUCUCUCUCUCUCUCUCUCUCUCUCUCCUCUCUCUCUCUCUCUCUCUCUCUCUCCUCUCUCUCUCUCUCUCUCUCUCUCUCUGUCUUUCGCUGUCUACAGAUGUAGGAUCUUAAUUUGAUCACCCUGUUGCAGGAGAACUUUCCUGCAAUACAGGUAAUGUAAAACGUGUAGUGUUGUGUAUUUGAGGUUUAAAAGGCUUCUGAAGUUUGUAAUUUCCACUUUUGACAUUUCAGACUUGAUUUUUCCCUUUCGAAAAAUGUAUCAACCCUUACAAAAAUGCCCAUUUAAUUAUCAUCCACAUAAUAAUUAACAUUUCCUGUUGCGGCAGGAUUAUUUUCCUGCUGUAGCAAACUAGUUCAAAUUAAGAUCCUGCGUCUUUAUCUCUCAUAUUAUCAUAUAUUUGCAAUCUAAGAGGACUGUUUAGACAGCUUUUAAGACAUACAUUGUUUGUUCUGUCUGCUCUCUGUACUCUUAUAAUUUUAAACAACAGAAGACCCCAGUUACAGGGCUUUUAACUUACUUCACUCUCAGAAGUGGCAGUGACUCUCUGUUAAGUAGGUCUAUUCUCAGAGAGUUUUACACGUAACUUCAUUUUCAUGGCAUCACAUAGAUUUCACGCUCCUACAUUAGGGCUAUUCUAAAAGGAAUGUUCUUAUCCAAUGUUCCCAACCAGCAGCCAUAGGCCUAUUAGUCCAAACCUUCACCAGUCACACCCGAGUUCCACACAUUUAUUAUAGGAGUGGUGUUAGAUUUCACCUAGCAUGGCUUUUGAAGACCACCUGCUUCUCGAACACAACUGUGUGUGUGUGUGUGUGUGUGUGUGUGUGUGUGUGGUGUGGGAGAGAGAGAGAGAGAGAGAGAGAGAGAGAGAAGAGAGAGGAGAGAGAAGAGAGAGGAGAGAAGAGAGAGAGGCGAGAGGAGAUACGAGAGAGUCAGUCUCGUGCUCUCUCUCUCUCUUCUCUCUCUCCUCCUUCUCUCUCUCUCCCGCCUACUCUUCUCGCUCUCUCUCUCUCUCCUCUCUCUCUCUCCUCUCUCUCUCUCUCUCCUCUCUCUCCUCUUCUCUCCUCUCUCUCUCGUGCUCUUCUCUUCUCCUUUCUCUCCUUCUCUCUCUCUCUCUCUCUCCUUUCGCUUCUGAAUUCUCUCUCUUUCUUUCCUAUCAUACGAGAGCUAGCGUCAAGAUUGACAAAAUCCUUUAACAGUGAAAACACUAGAAUUAGCAAAAGACCCUGCAUGAUUGAAUGCAAAACCUGUCUGAAGUGAAUUCAAUUUCCCCUUGCUGUGUGGAUCAAAGAGUACUAGGGGUACUGCUGCAGUUGUGGUGGAGUGACAUUACAGGGUACUAGGGGGAGUAGGGAGUGACAUAAGAGAGUACUACUGGGGUUGUGAGAGACUGACAUUCUGGGCUUGGUCAUGCGUUGGCACCAUGUCAGUAGAGAUUACAGCCUGGGUCUCUGGUCCGAUCAGCUUUCCUCUGGGCCUGCGUCCCAGUCUGCCCCCUCCCAUGUCCCUGCGUGCUCCCUCUUGGCCCUAUCCCUUUUCCAUCCCUCACAGUCUCUCCUCCUUGAUAACUGACCCUCCCUCAUCCCUGACUUGUCCCUGCCCCUCACCUUCUCCUCCCAUCCCCCUCCCAUGUCCAUGCCCCUUCACCAUAUUCUCUCCCUGCCGGCCCCCUCCCUCAGUCUCCUCUCCCUGCCUGACCCCUCUCUGUCUCCUUUCCCUGCCUGCCCCCUCCCUCAGUCUCCUCUCCCUGCCUGCCCCCUCUCUCAGUCCCCUCUCCCUGCCUGCCCCCUCUCUGUCUCCUCUCCCUGCCUGCCCCCUCUCUCAGUCUCCUCUCCCUGCCUGCCCCCUCUCUCAGUCUCCUCUCCCUGCCUGCCCCCUCUCUCAGUCUCCUGUCCCUGCCUGCCCCAUGAAGAGCUGGUCUAGUCUGGUCCACUCCCACUCUAGUACCUUAAUUAUUUUCAGCUGCUUCAAUACAUUAACCACUUAUGAGGAUGAUGUUGCUUUGAAUUACCUAAAGGUCAAAGUUGUUACUAUGCAACAAAUAUUUUUAUUAGGUUUAUUUAUGCAUUUACAAGGGUCAUUCAAGGGUUUCUUGUUAUCCUACAUGUGAUGAGGGAAGAAACCUUUUAUAUGAGCAUGUUUCAGAGCUAGCUGCAGUGUGAUGUGAUGUGAUGUGAGGUUCAGAUAAUCUCUUCUGAUUUGAUUUGUUUAGUCUUGAUGAGUGAUCAGGGCCCGUAUUCAUAGGAUGUCUCUCUACAGUGCCUUCAGAAAGUGUUCAUACCCCUUGACUUAUUCCACAUGUUGUUGUGUUACAGCCUGAAUUCAAAAUUGAUGAAAUAUUUAUAAAAAAUCUCACCCAUCUACACUCAAUACUCCAUAAUGACAAAGUAAAAAACAUGUUUUUAGAAAUGUUAGCAAAGGUAUUGAAAAUUAAAUGCAUAAAUAUCUAAUUUACAUAAGUAUUCACACCCCUGAGUCAAUACAUGUUAGAAUCACCUUUGGCAGCGAUUACGGCUGUGAGUCUUUCUGGGUCUCUAAGGGCUUUGCACACCUGGAUUCUACAAUAUUUUCACAUUAUUAUUAAAAAAAUUAUUCAAGCUCUGUCAAGUUGGUUGUUGAUCAUUGCUAGACAGACAUUUUCAAGUCUUGCCAUAGAUUUUCAUGCCAAUUUAAGUCAAAACUGUAACUAGGCCACUCAGGAACAUUCAAUGUCGUUUUGGUAAGCAACUCCAGUGUAUAUUUAGCCUUGUGUUUUAGGUUAUUGUCCUGAUAAAAGGUGAAUUUGUCUCCCAGUGUCUUUUGGAAAGCAGACUGAACCAGGUUUUCCUCUAGGAUUUUGCCUUUGCUUAGCUCUGUUCCGUUUAUUUACGGAACUCCCUAAUCCUUGCUGAUGACAAGCAUACCCAUAACAUGAUGCAGCCACCACCAUACUUGAAAAUAUGAAGUGUGGUACUCAGUGAUGUGUUGUUUUGGAUUUACCCCAAACAUAACUCUUUAUAUUCAGGACAUAAAGCACAUUUCUUUGCCACAUUUUUUGCAGUUGUACUUUAUUGCCUUGUUGCAAACAGGAUGCAUGUUUUGGAAGAUUUUUAUUCUAUACAGGCUUCCUUCUUUUCACUCUGUCAUUUAGGUUAGCAUUGUGGAGUAACUACAAUGCAGUUGAUCCAUCCUAUCACAGCCAUUAAACUCUGUAACUGUUUUAAAGUCACCAUUGGCAUCAUGGUGAAAUUCCUGAGCAGUUUCCUUCCUCUGCGGCAACUGAGUUAGGAAGGACGCCUGCAUCUUUGUAGUGACUGGGUGUAUUGAUACACCAUCCAAAGUGUAAUUAGUAACUUCACCAUGCUCAAAGGGAUAUUCAAUGUCUGCUUUUUAAAAAAACGUAUCUACCAAUAGGUGCCAUUCUUUGCGAGGCAUUGGAAAAUCUCCCUGGUCUUUGUUGUUGAAUCUGUGUUUGAAAUUCACUGCUCGAUUGAGGGACCAUACAGUGUGGGGUACAGAGAUGAGGUAGUCAUUCAGAAAUAAUGUUAAACACUAUUAUUGCACACAGAGUGAGUCCGGCAAAUUUUUACUCCUCAACUUAUUUAGCCUUGCCAUAACAAAGGGGUUGAAUACUUAUUCACUCAAGACAUUUCAGCUUUUCAUUUUUAAUGAAUUUGACAUUAUGGGGUGUUGUGUGUAGGCCAGUGACACAAAAUCUCAAUUGAAUCCAUUUUAAAUUCAGGCUGUAACACAACAAAAUGUGGAUAAAGUAAAGGGGUGUGAAUACAUUCUGAAGGCAAUGUAUCUCUGUGUCCUUGCAGUAAUCCAGUUUGGGUUUGUGACCCUGUUCGUGGCGUCGUUUCCGCUGGCCCCACUGUUCGCCCUGCUCAACAACAUCAUCGAGAUACGCCUGGAUGCCAAGAAGUUUGUGGCUGAGCUCAGGAGACCGGUCGCUGCAAGGGCAAAAGACAUUGGUGGGUUCAAAGUUCAAACUCUGUCUGUACACAGGUUAUUUUUUAUUAGACUCCUAUAUUGAUUCCUUUCACAAUAAUAAACAUAAUAUUGAAGUCACUCCAAUACAAGUGAUUUACAAAGAAGAAAAGAACACUGGUUAUAUUUGGGAUUCUUCGGGCUCCUGAGUUUUUCCUUACCAUGUGACCAGGGCUCUAAAGUGCGACCAAUUUGGUGUGCGAUAUUUUGCUCUGCGACCUGCAGUUUUAAUUCUGAGUACCAUUUUUUUAAACAAUAAUUGUUGUAAUUAUAAGGCUUCGCUUUACUGUUGUUUCCUAAGCGCAGAUUCGUUAGCGUCAUGCUUACACCAUUACUACAGCGAAAACGUAUUAUUUCUAGCCCAAACAGUUCAAUGAUCUGACCCAUAUUUUACCGGCGCAAUGUUUUUUUCCUCCUGUUGAGGAUUGAGGGGCCGCAUUUUACAUUCAUAAACCAUGUUGUGGGCUGUUCUUAAACUAUUUGCGGGUUGUUAACCAUUUAUUUUACACCUUUUUCAGUCAUGUAUGUUACCUCAUUAGCUAGCUAGCUAGCUAGCUAGCUAAGAACCUGAUAACUUUACCAGUAUAUCCAAACCUUUGGGGGCACAGAAAGAAAGGAAAAUGGAUAGCUUCUUCAGGAGAUCAAUUAUCAUAAGAAUGAAUGAUGACAGUUCUAUAGCACACCGUCACAAACUUGAUGCUCUUGAAUGUUAAUGUUAAGUGGAUGGCCAUAUAAAACAUAGCCUUAUGCCUUAAACUGUUAGACAGCUCAGAUUCAUUGCCUCUUUAUUGUAUUUAUUUAUUAUUGAUUUAUUAUUUGUAUGCACUUUUUGCACUAGUAUGCACUGCUAUAGUAAAUAGUAUGAAAAAUAGUACAUCGCAGAUUUCAUUUGACCAUUUUAUUUAUUUCGAUUACAGAGUUGAAUAGUGACAUGUACAGGGUUGCAGAUGUACUGUAAUUACAGGGUACAGUGAAAUUAUUGAGCUCCUAGCUCCAACAAUGUAGGACAAUGUUAAAUAAAAAAUGACAAAUAUAAUAAAAAUUAAAACUGUGGCAAUGAUAAAUGUCCAUUGGGGUGGGUGCAGGGUAAAUGUCCGGGGGGACAGGGGGAGUAGGUAUGGUAGCUGACUAGUGGUGGCUAUUCAGCAGCUUGAUGGUCUGGUGUUGUAGGUGUCCUGGAGGGCAGGCAGUGUGGACCCAAUGGUGAGUUUUGCUGAGCAUACCACCCUCUGUAGUGCCUUGGGGUCCACGGCAGUGGAGUUGCCGUACCAGGCUGUGAUUCAGCCCGACAGUAUGCUCUCAAUGGUGCUCUGGUAGAACACUGUCAGGGCCCUCAGGGACAGGCCGAAUAUCUUCAGCAUCUUGAGGUUGAAAAGUCGCUGUCGUGCCUUCUUCAGCACGGUGUCCGUGUGGUUUGACCGUUUACAGCUCCUCGGAGAUGAGUACGUCAAGGAACUUUACAUUUUUGACUGUCUCCACGGCGACCCCAUUGAUGCGGAUAGGGGUGUGCCCAGCCUGGUUCCUCCUGAAGUCCACAAUCAGCUCCUUUGUUUUCCUGACGUUGAGGGAGAGGUUGUUUACCUGGCACCACACCGUCAGAGUGCCUACCUCCUCCCUGUAUGCCGUCUCGUCAUUGUUGGUAAUCAGGCCUACUACUGUUGUGUCAUCAGCGAACUGUGUGAGGUCACGCAGUCGUGGUAUACAGGGAGUACAGGAGCGCACUGAGGACGCACCGUUGUCGGGCCCCCGUGUUGAGAAUCAGUGUGGAGGAGGUAAUAUUGCGUACCUUCACCACCCGGGGAGUGGCCCGUCAGGAAGUACAGGACCCAGUUGCAUAGGGAGGAGUUCAGUCCCAGGGCCGUGAGCUUUGUGGUGAGCUUAGAGGGCACUAUGGUAUUGAAGGCCGAGUUGUAGUCGAUGAACAGCAUCAUCAUGUAUGCAUUCCUUUUGUCCAGGUGGGUGAGGGCAGUGUGCAGUGCCAAUGGUGAUUGCAUCGUCCGUGGAUCUGUCAGGGCGGUAGGCGAAUUUCAUAUGCUAUGAACAACCUAUUCAUGAAAAAUGGGGGAAUAGGGCUUGAAACAUUUUUGGGAUAAUCUACUUAUACUCCCGAUCAACUUUGAAGAUGACAUGCUAUACGUUUUCAGCUUCCUUAAUACUGUAAUAAUUUUGUAUAUAAUUAGUGGUAAGGGAAAUCCGACUUAUUUCGUGGUGCACUGCUCUAAUUCAUUGCUGUGUCUAGCCCUGUGAACGUACCACAGAGUUGAUUCGUCACUCUACUGAUCCGUCACGAUCUCAGCUUUCAUCUAAUAUAAGGUUUGUCCCUCUGUGAUGAAGACGAAUUGGUUUUGUGUCUUGCAAUUGUGUUCGUUUUUUAAUUCUUUUUUAUUCGAUAUAAAUCGAUGUGUGUUUGUCAUAGAACGGUGGGACAGCUUCCUAUCGCUGCAGUAGACGCUCAGCUUUACAGCACUGUGCAGCCUGUGGACCUGUAAUGUAAUGUACCGUUACGUCACAAAUUGACGGACAGUCCAAUCAGCGAAUGAUCAUUAAGGCGGGACUCCCGAGCCUCCAAUGGCUGUUGAUAUGUAAACCAAUACCCCCAGAGUCAUUCGGGGUCAAGUGUUUUGAAGCAGGAAAUCUGGGCUUUUAGCCAGAACUGUCGUGAAGCGAUUUCUAAGCAAAUUACAUUGAUAUGCCUUGAUAAAACAAUUAAAUUAUAACUAAAGUCCCCUAAAUGGGGGUAUUCAUAUUUAAGAUUAACCCAAAGAGAAUGAUUGUAGAGGAAUAAGAUUGUAAUAACAAGUACCAUCAAGAGUUCUGACUCGCAUGUGAUUCUGCUUCUCUGAUUCUAGGAAUAUGGUACAACCUUCUCCGAGGUGUGGCUAAAGUGGCCGUCAUCAUAAACGUAAGUCAUUCCUGUAAUCCCAGCAAAACAUAAAAGGGACCAAAUUAUAAAAAAAACUUUUUUUUUCUGACUUUAACAUACACUGUUUUGAUUGUUUUGAAUGUUUGGCCAACGUUACAAUGUUGUCAUCCAUUUUAUCCAUUCCCCAACCUCCUCAACAAAAACAAGUCUGCACUUAAAACUAGAACAUUUUUCAUUGAAGCUCAGCCCUGGUCCACGCAACAUUUACUGUGAAUUUAUGUCACCACUUUUGGGGGGGUUACUUGUAAAAGCUAAUAGUAAGGCUUUUAAAUGCCUGCUCCUCUGUGCAGAGAAGACCAUACUUGGUCAGAAGGAGAGCUAGCUUGGUCAUAAAUCCUACACCAGGCUCUCACUUCACUUCCAAAGGGAUCACCAUUGUCAUGGCGAGUUGAGAUUCAGAUCUGGGUUAUUUAUGACAAAGGAGGCGUUCAAUGAAGAUGAAGGGAGGGAAUUCCUCUUAUUGAUAUUGUUGUCAAUGUGUCUUUACUUUAAGGCCUUGGAUACACUAGGUUUACGUGCUGACAAAUCUCGGAACCCAGAACCAAAUAUUGCGUGGGCACUGGCCAGCUUCUCAGGUUAGGGUUAGGGCUAACAUUUAUGUUAACGGUCAGUCACUAAAGACUAUGUGCUGACAGGCAGAUAGUUGCAGAUGUAGAUGGUGUACAGCACACUGAAGACAGCGCACCUUUUGCUGAAGUUGACCACUAUAUUCAACCAAUAUAGCGUUAUUAAUAUCUACCGAUAUUAGCCUUUCACUGAAAUAUUUGUGUCAGUCUUUAUUCCACAGAUAAAGCGCCAGUAUUAUAUACAUAGAAUUAACAAAUACGUCUGCUCAUUUGCGGUAAUUUUUUGGUAAUGUUCAAUGGUUGCCUGAAGAGGGUACUCUACCAGCAUCUCAUUGAACAUCAUUCAGCCUUAGGCCACAAUGGAAGAGAGAGUAGGCAUGGUGGUUUGACGGUAAGUAGCUUGCCACAGCCAGCGUAUAUGAAUAAGUAAAUAAUCAAAAGUACACUUCAGUAAGCAAGCAGCCCUGUCCACAUUCUCACUUAGUUAACAUUAGCUAUCUAGACAGCAAGGUAGUUAGCUUAGCUAGCUAGCUAGCAAUCUGUUCCUCUUAUGCGCUAACACUGGACUGGCGCCAAAGUGAACACUUAUCCUUAAUACAAAAAUAACAGUUACUGUCUGGGCCUAUUAUGUUAGCUAGUGGGCAUAUUUAGUUAGUUUCCCGAAAUAUGCAAUCUGCAAAAAGCAAGACAGUUGGCGUAGAUCUAUCAUUCAGGCCUGGUGCUUGCAUUCAUGAUGAGCUAAGUAGAUAAUGUUAUCUAGCUAGCUAAAUUGGAAUGUGUGACUAAAAACAGUGCGGCAAGCAUUUGCCUGCAUAAAUGUUUUCAGUCAUCAGCGCAGGCCAUUUGCAGUUGAAAUAUAUAGCCAAAACAUGUUGUAUUGAAUAACAGUGUAAUGUACAUGGUUUCUGUAACAAAACAUUUUUGUAAUGAAAAGCUAUCUUGUGCUUGUCAUAACCAAUUAUGUAUAUUUACUGAACAAAAAUAUAAAUGCAACAUGUAAAGUGUUGGUCCCAUGUAUCAUGAGCUGAAAUAAAAUAUCCCAGAAAUGUUCCAUACGCACAAAAAGCGUAUUUCUCUCAAAUGUUGUGCACAAAUUUGUUUACAUCCCUAUUAGUGAGCAUUUCUCCUUUGCCAAGAUAUUCAUUCCACCUGACAGGUGUGGCAUAUCAAGAAGCUGAUUAAACAGCAUGAUCAUUACACAGGUGCUGGGGACAAUAAAUUAAAAUGCCACUCUAAAAUGUGCAGUUUUGUCACACGACACAGAUGUCUGAAGUUUUGAGGGAGCGUGCAAUUGGCAUGCUGACUGCAGGAAUGUCCACCUGAGCUGUUGCCAGAGAAUUGAACGUCGUUUUAGAGAAUUUGGCAGUACGUCCAACCAGCCUCACAACCGCAGACCACGUGUAACCACGCCAGCCCAGGACCUCCACAUCCGGCUUCUUCACCUGUGGUAUCGUCUGAGACCAGCCACCCGGACAGCUGAUGAAACAGUGGGUUUGCACAACCGAAUAAUUUAUGCACAAACUGUCAGAAACCGUCUCAGGGAAACUCAUUUGCGUGCACGUCGUCCUCACCAGGGUUUUGACCUGACUGCAGGUCGGCGUCGUAACCGACUUCAGUGGGCAAAUGCUCAACUUCGACGGCCACUGGCACGCUGGAGAAGUGUGCUCUUCACAGAUGAAUCCCGGUUUCAACUGUACCGGGCAGAUGGCAGACAGCGUCGUGUGGGCGGUGUCGUGUGGGCGAGCGGAAUGCUGAUGUCAACAUUGUGAACAGAGUGCCCCAUGGUUGCAGUGGGAUUAUGAUAUGGGCAAGCAUAAUCUACAGACAACGAACACAAUUGCAUAUUAUUGAUGACAAUUUUAAUGCACAGAGAUAGCGUGACGAUAUCCUGAGGCCUAUUGUCGUGCUGUUCAUCCACCGCCAUCACCUCAUGUUUCAGCAUGAUAAUGCACUGCCCCAUGUUGUAAGGAUCUGUACACAAUUCCUGGAAGCUGAAAAUGUCCCAUUUCUUCCAUGGCCUGCAUACUCACCAGAAAUGUCACCCACUGAGGAUGUUUGGGAUGCUCUGGAUUGACCAGAUUGUUCCAGUUCCUGCCAAUAUCCAGCAACUUCGCAGAGCCAUUGAAGAGGAGUGGGACAACAUUCCACAGGCCACAAUCUACAGCCUGAUCAACUCUAUGCGAAAGAGAUGUGUCGUGCUGCAUGAGGCAAAUGGUGGUCACACCAGAUACUAACUGGUUUUCUGAUCCACGACCCUACCUUAUUUUUUUUUUGGGGGGGGGGGGUAUCUGUGACCAACAGAUUCAUAUCUGUAUUCCCAGUCAUGUGAAAUCCAUAGAUUAGGGCCUAAUGAAUUCAUUUCAAUUGACUGAUUUCCUUAUAUGAACUGUUACUCAGUAAAAUCUUUGAAAUUGUUGCAUGUUGCGUUUAUAUUUUUGUUCAGUUUAUAAAUCAUUGGUCAUAACGUACUCUCAUUGCGAGGUUGCAAUAAACUGUUUGUUUAAAUGACCUUUGACCGUUUCAGAUUUACUUUAAGACAAAGUUGAAUUCAUUCAGCCAGCCACUCCUUGUGGUUGUAUAGCACAUACACUUUUGCAUACUUUUUAUCCACUGCCAUAGAUAACCACAUCUUUAAGUUGUACCUAAGAAGGUAAACUAAGCAAGUUUUGUAUUUACUGUCGUAUUUAUAGAGGAAUAGUUGCUUUUUGGUGGAUAUCCUGUAAACCACAAAUAAAAUGUUCUUAAAUAAUGUUAAUUUUAAUAUUUUGUUAAGAAAUCAUCAUUAACUGAUCUGUUAAUCCUUUGGAGCACAAUUUGUGUAAAAGUAUGUUUUUCAUUCCACCUCUAAAAAACAAUAUAUCAGCAGAUAUAUCGGUAAUCUGUGAUUAUUUUCCUCCAUAAAAUCGGAAUCCGAACCAAAAAUCCCAUAUCGGUCGGGCUCUAAGCAUUAGGUCUCGUUUACACCUUGUAUAAACAUGUGAUUUUCGUUAAUCGAUCAAGAUGAUCCGAUCACUAUCUGUUAACAGGAAAUGUUUUACCCACCAUCUGGAUUUGGCAAAUAUCAAAAUCUGAGUUUGGUGCAGGUCAUGUUGUUCUUCACAUUACCGUCUCUGUUGAACACACACUAUAUCAAAUAAAAUAUAUGUUUAUUUGUCACAUGCACAGGAUACAGAAUGUGUAAAGGGUACAGUGAAAUGGUUACUUGCAUAGUGUAGUCUUUGUUUAGAUAUGUACAGUAGCUAGCUAGUUAGCUAGCUAAACAAUGAACCAUAAUCCCAACUCUAAUGCCAUGUUCAAAACAACUGGAAAUUCGGAAAUCUCUGACUUCCAAGCGUUCAAAACAACUGGGAACUCUGAAAUAAAACUAGCUCCAACUGGGAAAAAUCUAUUUGACUUUCCGACCUGAAGAUCACUGACGUCAUGAUUUGACCUUGUAUUUUUCUUAAUUCCCAGUUUUGAACGCGGCAAUACUACCAUGUAUGAAUCUGCAGGUAGCUAAAGCUAACCAACUAGGUUCAAUGUUAGCUAGCUAGCUAACAUUAGGCUAUAACUAGCAAUGCAAAUGCAGAUUUCUGAAAUACGAAUAAUAUUACUACACAGAUCGUACACAUAACGUUAACUAGCGAGCCAGCCAGCUAACGUUAGCUAGCUAGCUAACAGUACCCUUUAACUUGCAAAGAAAAAUUUGAAACUUAUAAUAUCUGAAAAUGUAGCUAGACUCUUACCCGUAUACAUGGAUGAACUCUUCUCCCUCUCUGUCAUGGAUGUCAUGGUUGACCUUAGUUUGAAAAUGUAAUCCGUAGACAGGUGUUUUAUACAACAGCCUUCUUUCUGUGUUCUCUUUUUGGACUCUCCACAUUUGGCAAUCAUCUCUCUGCUUCCACCGGGCAUUCCACUGAUUUCAAAACUCAAUCAACUUCUUCCUUGACAAUGACACCGUUUCUUCCCCACCAUUGUCAUCAGAAGACUCUACAAUGUCUGGUUCAAUUAAAAUAUUUUGACCUAAAUCAGGGAUAUCCUCAUUUUCAGAGUCCGAGAGAGUCAGCAUGGCACGAUCAUCCUCCAGAAAGUAGUCCAUCACAACUUUUUCCUACUGAGCUUUGUCUAUAGCGCUAUUAAUUUCAGGGCAGCAAUGUUGAGAGCAGUAGCAAAACUUUUUCAGUUCUACAUGAUAUCUUUCAAAAAAAGGCGGUAGCCAAUAUUAUCCACACAUACUGAGCAGCUCAUGUUAUAGACACGAAGCAUGCUACAUGGCAGACCAAUCCGAACUCAUCUCUAGGCAUGUCCAUCCCAUCCAAUAUCUCAGCCAAUCAUGGCUUGCGGGAAGGUUCGGCUAAACCAACUACGCACGUAAUUUAACAAUUGUAUUCGUAUUUACUGAUGGCAUACAAGUUAGUUAUUAAGGCACAUGAAAGUUCACAUCUUCCAGAAGGCAUUUCUGCCAAAAAAAUGCAUUUUGAUAAAAAAUUAAUAAAUAAAACAUUCAAAUGUGAAGUAGUGACGUGCAACAUUCACCUAGUUUCUCGAAACGGCUCAUAUUUGUUACAGCCUUACAUGUCUUAAGGCGCUUUCUCAUUGAUCGUGUCUGUCUCUCUCCAGGCGUUCGUGAUCUCCUUCACAUCAGACUUCAUCCCAAGGCUAGUGUACCAGUACAUGUACAGCCCAGAUGGCUCCAUGCACGGCUUCGUCAACCACACCAUGUCCUAUUUUAACGUCUCAGACUUCCAGGACGGUAAACAACCUAUGGACCCUCUGCAUCUGGGUUACCAGGUGGAGAUGUGUAGGUGAGAACGCACAACACUGGGACAACAACUUAUAUUUUUGUGAUAAGUAAUUACAGUGUAAUGACCAUGUCAUGUCUUCAUUUUCUGCUAACAAUUUUUGUCAUGUGUAAAAAGAAAUAGUUGUUGUGGUGUCGUCUGUUCCAUCUCCUUUUGUAAUCAGUUGACUCUUGACUCUAGGUAUAAAGACUACAGGGACCCCCCAUGGUCCAACACGCCCUAUGUGAUCUCUAAAGAGUUCUGGGCGGUCCUGGCCGCCCGAUUGGCCUUCGUCAUAGUCUUUCAGGUGAGUGGAGGAGAAGUCUCUUUGUAGUUGGUAACACACAUUUUCUUGAGUGGAUGGUUGGGGGGCCGGAACAUAAUUACACAUAAUUUGUAGACUACAAAUUGACCGCAAGAAGGCCAAACAGAGAUAAUAUUAGACUAAAACAUAACAAUUUAAAACCGUGCUUACAUUUGUAUAUGAUCACCUGUUUCUCUAUUAUGCGUGGGAAAACUUGAACAGAUUUCCAAAAUUAAAAUCAAUUGGAGUUGAUUUCCUGGUGUUUUACCAGUGUUUUAUUUCCAACAAGUUUUUGCUCAAAAACUUGGGGGGCCAAAUAAAACCACGCCCGUGGGCCGCCAGUUGGGGAACCCUGGUAUAGAGUAUACUUCCUGUUUCCUGCUGGUUGACCAAUGACAUGCUGUCUCUCCACUCCCUGUAGAAUGUGGUGAUGCUGAUAAGUGACUUAGUAGACUGGCCUACAUAUGGAUGUUCUAUAUUGAUGUCAAUUCUUGCGUCAAUAGAGAAUAUAUUAGCUAACACAUUUACAAAAGUGAAUAUUUGUUAGACAUGAAUAUCGUUAAAAAAAAUAUAUAUAUGUAUCUCGUCCCUCCCUGUAGAACGUGGUGAUGCUGAUGAGUGACAUCGUGGACUGGUUGAUCCCAGACAUCCCUAAAGAUAUCAGCCUUCAGAUCCACAAGGAGAAGAUCCUGAUGGUGGAGCUGUUCAUGAAGGAGGAACAGGGCAAGAGGCAGUUCAUAGACAGCAUGACUUCUUGUGAUGGCAAGGAGAAGCGCAACAACCACACCCCUAUAGCCCGCUCGCACUCCAUCCCACACACACACAGUCACACACACGCCAACAACUUCUAGCAGCUACUAUAAGGGUUACUACUGUCUGUGUCCUUAUCCUUGUCCAGACAUUCCAUAGGAAGGGAGAGGUGCUCCCUUCAAGAUGUUGUUGAAGCCGAACUACGAGAAACAGAAACUGUCCCAGUGCACAAUGCUUUCUGUCAAACCAUUCAGUGAAUAACUAACUAGCUAACUGCCAACCAGUUAACUAAUUGCCAACCAGUGGGGUCAUGGUUUUGAGAUUGAUCUCAAAUGUGGCGGACCAUAUACCAUAUUCAGAGCAGCCAGAGAAGAGAGAAAAGGUUUGUUUAAAUUUUUCUUUACGUGCUUUACAUUACAGCAUGUUUGGCAUACAAGGUAUUUCUAUGUUUGCCUCUUUAUAAACAGGAUGUAGAUUGUACAUAAUCCUUUACUCUUAUGACUCAACCAAAUCCAUGGUGCAACCGUGCAAAUAACCACUUUCAUAAACGCUAAACUUUUUAUUCAAUUGCUACACAACAUUAAUUAACAAUAUUUUUCUUUACCUAGAUUUUUUUUAUUGGAUUUUUAACUAAAAAAAUGACUUUCAUAUCAUGAAAUGUAUGCGUGUAGAGCAAAUAAUAUAAUCUUAAAUGGGUGACAGGUUUUGUAUGUCUUUGUUUCGAAGAUCUCAAAUGUUAUUAGCUACCAAGCACACAGUUGAGCAGGGUUGAUACAUCACCUGGUUGUGGGCUCCCAUGCUAUCAUAUAGCAAAAGCAGUUAGUAGAGUAUUUGAUUGCAUUACAGUAUACAAGUCAAAUGGCACUGUAUGAUGACUAGAUGCUGCUAAACAUAAAUACUUUAGUUCAGAACAUACAACUUAGCAGUGUAGUAAGAAUACACCCCUGUUAUAACAUGUACAGUUCAGGCAAAUCUAUCUCUGCCAUAGUACAUACGUUAAACUAUGUGACUUCUAUGCUUCAAAGCCAAUCAGGAUAUUAUUUUGCAUAUGGAGUAAUUAUAAUGAAACCUUUAAAUUGUACUUAAAGCUGUAUAUUGUUUACACUUCUGUCUACUGGAUAUACUAAGAAAUAUAAUAUUUCUCUACUUGCCUUUCUUCAGAGGACAAGGACACUUUGAUCCUUUUAUAUGUCAAACUAAUGUCUUCAUACAAAGUGAGAAUAAUUUCAUAGCAGCAUAUUUUACUGUAUUGAUACCGACUAUGUUGUAAAUGUAUAGGAGAUCUGCCUAUUCUUUUUUUUGAUGUGAUGUUGACUAAAUAAUGCAUUAAAUUGAAUGUAAACAACAAUGAGGUAUG